AUGUAUUCGGAAUGGAGGUCUCUGCACCUGGUGGUGCAGAGCGACCUAGGCCACCUGAGUGUCCUUCACUCGUACCCUCCGGUGGUGGGGCGCGACGUGGCCAAUGCAGUGGUUAGACCUCUGGGGGUGACCCUGGGCACCCCGUCCACUGACAGCCUGCUCAAGACCGACAAAGAGGUAGGCAGACUGUGCUGAAAACAUCCCAGGUGUUUUUGCAUGGCUGAAUCAGAUGUGUAUGCAGGUGUAAGCCAUAAGGGUGAAGACUUUCUUGACAUGGCCCAUUUUACAUUGCAUUUUGGGGAACUACCCUAGAAACCCAACAUUACAGCUACAUUCAAGGGGAUUAAAGCUAGCUAAAGCUGUCAGUUGAAAGUGAAGUUGGAAUGUUGGGUUGAUAUGGUAGUUCCCCAACAAGGCCUACUUGAUUCUUUGCUGUAGGUAUGGGUAGGGUGUAUUAAUGUCAAGCUCAACUUCAUUGCCACUCAUUAGAAUUGAAAAGUAAAAGUUUCUUCCCUCUUUAGCUCCAAGUUCAUCUUGACAUUGUUCUGCCUAUUUCCUCAAAAACAUAGGCUACAUGAUAAACCCAACACACCUUUGAUAGGCUAGGCUUUGUCAGUCCCUUAUUUUUAGAAAACCAAGGAGGCUGAACGGUCACCUGCACAUUAGGCCUAGGCUACAUCCACGUUUUCUUUUCUUCUACUGCGCUUGAUUGAAAAACACACACAUACCACCACCUCCCUCUGUAAAUUAUGUUGUUUUCAAAUCUCUUCUCUCUCUGAUUUGCUGCUGGGUGAAAAAUAGCUCGGUCCCCCUUUUGUCUGUGGGAAAUGUGCUGCUCACUUCCCCAUCAUGUUUGCCUUGUAGCUCGGACAGCCCCAGGCCUCUGGGCUUGCUUGAUAACAAUGAGAGGAUUUCCUGUGUAUCCCCCCGGGGCAUUCAACCCCUGCGACUUUAUAGUGACAGUGUUUCUCCAUCCCAGUGGACAACGGCUCCUUGAGCUCACCCCCAGUUCAGUCCCAGCAGCCAGAUAAGGCUUGUUUGUAAUACGGCCAGGCAAAGGAAAAUGUAAGCCAUCUGCCAAAGAAUACAUGCAUGGCCUUAAGUCUCUCCUCUUUGUCUUUCCUGCUAAUUUUAGUUUGCCAGAUAAGUCUCUUAUCCUGACAGAACUUAAGAGGAUCUGCAGAGAAGAAUGGGAGAAACUCCCCAAAUACAGUUGUGCCAAGCUUGUAGCGUCAUACCCAAGAAGACUUGAGGCUAUAAUCGCUGCCAAAGGUGCUUCAACAAAAUACUGAGUGAAGGGUCUGAAUACUUAUGUAAAUGUGAUAUUUCAGUUUUUAAUUUUUAAUACAUUUGCAAAAAUUUCUAAAAACCAUUUUUUGCUUUGUCAUUGUGGGGUAUUGUGUGUAGAUUGAGGGGGGAAAAAACUAUUUAAUCAAUUUUAGAGUAAGGCUGUAACCUAACAAAAUGUGGAAAAAGUCCAGGGGUCUGAAUACUUUCCGAAGGCACUGUAUAAAAAUCUGUCGGGCAGAGAGAGCGCGCAGCUCUCGAACAGCUUGUUGCGUGGAGUGAAGACCGACGGCACUAGGGGUAGGAAAGCAGUAAGAAAGAUUUCCAAGUUAUGAUAUCUACUAGUAAAUGCUAAGGCAAAAAUGGGUAUGCAAACCAAGUAUUUAAAAAGUUCAAUUUCUUGGUUAAAUAUUUGCGAUGCGCAAUUCAUUCAUCAUGGAAUAGCCUACCUUUUUAAAAUCAGACAUUUCAUUUUGGUCCUUGAAAAGUAAUUGAAGUUAUGGUAGCCGGUAUUAUGGUAUUUUAUAAGUUCUACUGCUCCAAUAUAAUUAUUCUGUGAUUUCAUUUCUGAUCAGUUUUGCUUUCAGGAAGUAUUCAUACCCCUUGACUUAUUCCACAUUUUGUUGUGUUACAGCCUGAAUUCAAAAUGGAUUCAAUAGGUUUUCACCCAUCUACACACUAUACCCCAUACUUUCUUCAAGUAUAUUGAAAAUGAAAUCACCUUUGUCAGCAAUUACAGUUGUGAGUCUCUCUAGGUAAAUCUCUAAGAGCUUUGCACACCUGGAUUGUACAAUAUUUGCCCAUAACUAUUUUCAAAAUUCCUCAUGCUCUGUCAAAUUGGUUAUUGAUCAUUGCUAGACAACCAUUUUCAAGUCUUGCUAUAGAGUUUCAAGCAGUGAAAACUUUAACUCAGCCACUCAGGAACAUUCACUGUCUUCUUGGUAAUCAACUCCAGUGUAGAUUUGGCCUUGUGUUUUAGGUUAUUGUCCUGCUGAAAGGUGAGUUCAUCUCCCAGUGUCUAGUGGAAAGCAGGCUGAACCAGGUUUUCCUGUAGGAUUUUGCCUGUGCAUAGCUCAUUCAUUAAAUGUUUUAUCUUGAAAAAACUCCCUAGUCCUUAACGAUUACAUGCAUACCCAUAACAUGGUGCAGCCACCACCAUGCUUGAAAAUAUGGUGGUACUUAGUAAUGUGUUGUAUUGGAUUUUCCCCAAACAUAACAUCAGUUGCUUUGACACAUUUUUUGCAGUAUUACUUUAGUGCCUUGUUCCAAACCUAAAGCAUGUUUUGGAAUAUUUUUAUUCUGUACAGGCUUCCUUCUUUUCACCCUGUCAAUUAGGUUAGUUUUGUGGAGUAACUACAAUGUUGUUGAUCCAUCCUCAGUUUUCUCCUAUCACAGCCACUAAACUCUGUAACUGUUUUAAAGUCACCAUUGGCCUCAUGGUAAAAUCCCUGAUCAGUUUCCUUCCUCUCUGGCAAUUGAGUUAGGAAGGACGCCUGUAUCUUUUGUAGUGACUGGGUGUGUUGAUACACCAUCCAAAGUGUAAUUAAUAGCUUCACCAUGCUCAAAGGGAUAUUCAAUGUCUGUUUUAUUUUUACCCAUCUACCAAUAGGUGCCCUUCUUUGCGAGGCAUUGGAUAACCUCCCUGGUCUUUGUGGUUGAAUCUGUGUUUGAAAUUCACUGCUCGACUGAGGGACAUUACAGAUAAUUGUAUGUGUGGGGUACAGAGAUGAGGUAGUCAUAAAUAAAUCAUGUUAACAUUAUUAUUGCACACAGUGAGUCCAUGCAACUAAUUAUGUGACUUGUUAAGCACAUUUUUACUCCUGAACUUAUUUAGGCUUGCCAUAACAAAAGGGUUGAAUACUUAUUGUGUGUAGGUCAGUGACAAAAAAUCAAAAUUUAACCCAUUUAAAAUUCAGGCUGUAACGCAACUAAAAUGUAAUGUGGAAAAAGUAAAGGGGUGUGAAUACUGUCUGAAGGCACUGUAAAUGAUGAAUUUCUAUGAGCGAAGUAAGUGCUUAGGUUUGUUUUCCUUCGCUUCUGUUGCGCUAGUUGCGAUAAAACCAUGUGCAGCUAUUAUGAGCAAGACAACAUCGAAUGUUGGCUUCAACUUGGUUUUCCAUUCAAAGUGUUCCAUUACAAAGGGAACCCGUUUUUUGGUCGCUUUCUCGUUUAAAUACAUGAUAACCCCUCAAUAACUCUUCAAGAUCUCAAAGGGCGAGACUGACGAGCUACCACAUGGACAGACUUCAUUAGUGUGUUUGUAUCGGGAGCAUGUUGUCUAUUUGGUCAGGCAAUGCCCACAAUAUUUUGACAUAUUUUAGAAUGUAAAAAUUUGAAUGUCAAUGCAUAAAGGGUCUAUCAGACUACCAAACGUGUAUGCACAGCAGUAUUCUAGAAUAUUGGACCGUUGGCGUUCAUACUUUUCGAAUUCUCAGCGCAGCGUUUAUCAUCCAAAACAUGUACGCGUACACACAGCAGUGUUCUAGAAUAUUGGACCAUUGGCUUUCAUACUUUUCGACUAUCGCGUCCUAGCGUAUGUGGACUAUGAUUUACGCUUCAAGCAAUUUCUCCAACUGUCAACACAUUCAAAUGAAUAGAGGACAUGUACUAGAGAGGCGUUGGUUGGGAAUUGUGGGGAGGCGCUUUUGUGCUGUACGUCCCCCGCAGAUGGUAGUCUCUGAGCCGUGUAGCUAUGUCACAAUGGGACGCCGGACUAUCACGUCCUAGCAUGUGUGGACUAUUAUUUAUUCUUAACCCCCUAAGGUCGAUGUCCGUGCUCCCGUGGAAAUCAAUGUUUUUAAUGUUUUUUAUUUAACCUUUAUUUAACCAGGUAAGCCAGUUGAGAACAAGUUCUCAUUUACAACUGCGACCUGGCCAAGAUAAAGCAAAGCAGUGCGAUAGAAACAACAACAGAGUUACAUAUGGGGUAAAACACAUAAAGUCAAAAAUACAACAGAAAAUAUAUAUACAGUGUGUGCAAAUGUAGCAAGUUAUGGAGGUAAGGCAAUAAAUAGGCUAUAGUGCAAAAUAAUUACAAUUAGUAUUAACACUGGAAUGCUAGAUGUGCAAAUAGAGAUACUGGGGUGCAAAAGAGCAAAAUAAAUAACAAUAUAGGGAUGAGGUAGUUGGGUGGGCUAAUUUCAGAUGGGCUGUGUACAGGUGCAGUGAUCGGUAAGGUGCUCUGACAACUGAUGCUUAAAGUUAGUGAGGGAGUUAAGAGUCUCCAGCUUUAGCAUAAUACAAAAAUCCCCAUUAAAAAUAUGUCCGUUUGAGCCUCCCGAGUGGCGCAGCGGUCUAAGGCACUGCAUCGCAGUGCUAGAGGCGUCACUACAGAUCCGGGUUCGAUCCCGGGCUGUAUCACAAUUGGCCCAGCAUCGUCCGGGUUAGAGGAGGGUUUGGCUGGGGGGGCUUUACUUGGCUCAUCGCGCUCUAGCGACUCCUUGUGGCGUGCCGGGCGCCUGCAGGCUGACCUCGGUCGUCAGUUGAACAGUGUUUCCUCCGACACAUUGGUGUGGCUGGCUUCCGGGUUAAGCGGGCGGGUGUUAAGUAGUCCGGUUUGGCGGUUCAUGUUUCGGAGGACGCAUGACUCGACCUUCGCCUCCCGAGCCCGUUGGGGAGUUGCAAGACAAGAUGAGACAAGAUCGAAAUUGGGGAGAAACGGGGUAAAAAAAUAAAUAAUAAUCUGUCAGUUUAAGCAGUUUUUUGCAUUGGAUGUCUCAAUCCACCGCCUAUGUAACACUUCCGCAUCUGCGGUGAAAGGUGACAGACCAUGAGACAUCCCGAAAAUCACCCUUCUCACACAAUCGUCUGUAGCGUCCGAAUGGUUUAGCCUACAAACUAUUAUGAGAUCUCUAAGGAAAGAUGAGAGACUCACGAACACGAUGGUGUUCUGAGUUUGGCUCUACGACCCCCACGUCUUGGGACUCAACUGAAGUCGGUACAGCCGAUCUGCCAACUUCUGUCUGUAGCGUCCAAACAUUUUGGGCUAUACACUAAUAUGAAGGUGAGACUCAUGAACACGUACAUGUCGGUUGUUUUGCUCUAGGAUGCCCACCGACCUCACAGGACUCGUCUGAAGGUCCCCCGGUAACAGUUGAACAAAUUUAAUGACGUAUAUUAUGGAGACUGUUUAGUGACAAAAAUAAUGUGUUUUCAUUAAAUCCUUUUUUACAUUACUUUUUUUAUACUUCAAGGGGUCUUAAAGUUCAAAAUCAAAUAGCAAAAUUAUCUUUGGUAUGACCUUAAAACAAUUACAUAUAGCUUAGUAGUACCCCCCCCAUUGGGUAGGCCUAUUAAAAAAUGCAUUAUUCUUAGUGGUAAUGCAUACUUUUUUGGAUACAUUUUGGGUUAUUAUUUUUUUAAAUAGGCUAUUACAACAAUUAAAUAUAAAGUGUAGGUCCUUGAAAAUGACACUUAAGUGCUUGAAAAGUGCUUUGUGUGCGGUACACAUAGGGCCUAUAUGUCCACUUUGUGUAGCCGUUAGAGAUGCUAAUGAUGACCUUACUAUUUUCGGGUAGAUGGAAAGGCCAUUAAAAGGUAAAUAACUACAAAGUAGCUUAUGCCUACUUGGCAGAAUCAUCAUUAUUUGCAUCAAUUUGUUUUGAAAACUCCAUCACAAGUGCGCUGCAGAAACCCAGCUAGCCAAGCACAACUGUCUGGCUGGUGCUCACCUGAGUUAGUGUUACUACACAAAAAAAUCUACAUUUCUCAGAUUUUCAAGAAAAAAUUCCCCUUAUGUGGUUUAAGCAUUGUUGUGAACUUAGAACAUCCAAUUUUGUUGUUUUUCUAUUAUUGUGUUUUUGUUCAGUCCUUCUCCCAGUUUUUUUUAGUACCGUUUUGGUGUCGUUUUGGUGUCAAGUAUAGUUUUUUUCAGAUUCUGCCCUCUAGAGAAUUUCGCAUUUAGCACUAUAUUUUAAGUCUAUUUUCUUUGCUGUUACAGUAAAUCUAUCCAAAUCAAUGUAAGAACACAAGGGCAUGCUAAUUUAAAAGAUGGCUAGUCAUUAUUAGCCUGGUUCUGUAUGGAAUGCAGGCACAUUAUGGGACACAGGCCAGGUCAUUAUCAAUUAUCAGUGCGACCAAAUCAUGUGCUGGUGCCACCAACCGAAAAAAAUAGUGUAGAACCCUGUAGUUGGUAGAUAAAGACGGUAGUUCACCUAGCUUGGCGGAACCAGCUUGAUUGCUGUGUUUUGAGACAUGCCAGAAGGGUGAACACAGCAAUCAGGCUGGUUCCACCAGGCAAUAGGCCUAGUUCACCUACAUUUCUGAAUUACUUGAAUUCAUUUUUGAAAGUAGCUUUGAUCCACACUCUAGGUUUAGAAUGCUACAUGUAGUCACGGUCACUCAUGUGGAUGAACCAUCCCUUUACCCCUGUGUUUGAAAUAAGUUAAUUUCACUACAAUCAGCAUAAUUAAGCCUAAAGAAAAUGGUUUACCUUGAUGCACCAAUAGUUAAUCUUAUUGUGGUCAUCUUUCAAGUGUUAAGUCAUUCAUUCUCCCUUUCCCCAAGUAUUCUGACAAUGACUGACUUGACAUCUGACUGUCUAGCUUGCAGCAGUCCAUUGCGCAAUGUCUCUUUCUAACAGCAGAGUUCUUGGUGUGGUGUGAUUGACAGGUGAAAUGGACGAUGGAGGUGCUGUGCUACGGUCUGACCCUGCCUCUGGACGGGGACACAGUCAAGCUGUGCGUGGACGUCUACACGGACUGGAUUAUGGCGCUGGUGUCUCCGCGCGACUCCAUCCCCCAGCCAAUCGCCAAGGAGCCCAACCUCUACGUGCAGACCAUCCUCAAACACCUCCACAACCUCUUUCUGCCCAGGUACAAGCUAACUAUGUGUCUAUGCUCUGGCUAGCCGCUAACUGUGUGUCUAUGCUCUGGCUAGCCGCUAACUGUGUGUCUACGCUCUGGCUAACCGCUAACGGUGUGUCUAAGUUGUGUGUUGCAUACUGGCCACUCACAAAAGCUGUUUGAGGAUGGAUGAUGUUGUGUAUUGAUUUGGUUUGAUGAACUAAUGGAGGAUAUCUUAUGUAACGUACUACAAUUUCUUGACCUUAAAGGGAUAGCUCACCCAAAUUACAAAAUGACAUUGGUUCUCUUUCAAAUACUUGUUUCAAUGUAUCACAUAUGGGGGUUCACUAUGGACUGCCUAAUCCCAAAAGUACCAAUCAAAAACAUAUGUUGGAGACUGGUAGAAUGGUGAAUGAGGUGAGAUCCCCACUCCAAUAAAAGGAGCCACUCUCCUGGCCUCUGGUAAUUUUUGUUUCUCUUCCUCACAAAGAGUAUCUCUAUUCUAGUUCUCCUCAUAUCGACUGGAUACUUGUUUUCCUGCUACAAGUGAACCGUGAAGGACAUCGCUGCUGAGCGUAGGUCUUCAGACCCUGUUGAGAGGUUGAGUACUAACCGGAAGGUUUUUUGUUUUGUGUAGAAAUGUAUUUUUAUUUCUCAGUCACCAUUGGUAGCUAGUGUCACGGCUAGCAAACCCUACCCGCAACAUGGUAGCAUUGUUAGCUCCCUUCUCUCGUCUAGUUUAACCUACAUUCACCCGUUGUGUUAACUCAUGGCUCAGUCGGUUGCGGGAGCACGCUAUCUAAAGGCUAACUCUGCAUCCACUCAGUUUCCUUCAGCCAGCACUGAGCUAGCCACAACACUCCUUCACCACGAGGUAGCUGCCAGUUAGCUAACGCCCAGGCAAGCUAACCAAACCAGCAUUACUACCUGCAACACAGUCAUAUUGUUAGCUCCCUUCUCUAGUGUAGUUAAACCUACGUUAAUUUGUUUGUGUUAACUAGACUGACUGGCUAGCCUCACGGCUCUGUAGUCGUGAGAGAAUACCUACCGAAGUCGAACUGCCCCCACGCGGUUCCCUUCAGCCAGCACUAUACUAGCUACAGCAUACCUUAGCCACGAGGUAGCUGCUAGCUAGCUUACACAUUAUUAUGCUCAUCCUAGCUAGCAUUAGCCGCAAGGCUUCUACUAGCUAGCUUAUAGUGGCUAGCUUUCUGGAAAGCAAGCUAACCACACUAGCAUUCCUACCUGCACAUAUGGUUGCAUUAGCAGGGCUAGGUAACUCGGAAACAAGUUCCCUGCUUGCCCAGACUGUAGUAUUGCUAGCUCCCUUCUCUUGUUUAGUGCAACUUACGUUCACUCGUUUGUGUUGACUAGACUAGACGGUUUGCCUUACGCCAUUAUGGUCGUGGGACAUUUUCAUCACGAAUUCUAACAACGCACCCAUGCUGUUCGGCUAGCACUGUGCUAGCUAUAGCUUACCCUUAGCCUCACGAGGUCGUUUCUAGCUAGCUAACGCCUACGCUAGCCUCACAGCUAUAGCAUUCAUACACAGUGCAUGCUUCAGCAGAUGCCUAGCUCACGCCUGUCAAGGUUAAUUCGUAGCAAUGCUGAAAAGCUAGCUACUACUGGCCAGCUUGUUUCUCUCGUUUAGUACACCUAACGUUCACCCGUUUUCGUUGGCUAAACUGACCAGCGACACCUCACGUUACUAUGAUCAAAAGAGACUCUCAUGACCGAAGAAACAACUCUAUUCAUGUUGUUGUUUUCGGCUAACGUGGUACUAACUAGCUAGGCUAUUAACUAGCUAGGUGAACACUAGCUAGCUAACACCAAAUGCCUCACAGCUAAGCGUCGACUAGCACACGCAUAACCCGGUUAAGCAAUGCUUUUCCCCCAGAGUUAUUAUGGCCCUGCAAUGGGAAACUAACAUGCUCAUGCAGGUCUGCAACAAGUCCUGCGAGUGUUAAGUUUUAACGAGUACCGGCUUGUGCUAAACCAACAAGCACUGUUCCCACUCCGUGCCUAACAGCACUGUGCCUCCAGAAAUGCAUCACUCUCUGUCCCUUCGUAACAAGGGCACAGGGCCAUGAUAUUUUGAUAAAAGUGUCUCUCUUUGACGCAACUAGGGGGUGCCACCCCACUACAUCUGGUGAGUGCGAGUCAUCAGGCUUGUGGACAGCUCUUUCUCAUAGCGGAGAAUUGACACGCAAGCACAGAUACAAGCUUCAGUUCGCUAUGAAAUCACCCAUUUUCUACUGGGUUCUAUUUUCAAUAGCCGACAUGCGCAAGAAAGAAGGCGAAGCCUUCAACUACUGCCAGCCCCGCAGACCUGGGCCCUGUGGCAUUCCGUUGGUUCCUGCAUCUCGCCCCAGCCUCACAGCUGGGAGUGGGCAACAGACUGGCCUUGCGGCACUGAGGUCCCCGGCGAUGCUGCAGUCUGCCAAGACUCUGGUUAAGCCCCUGAACCAGGCCAAACCUGUAGGGAAGCAGUAUUGCGUCUCUAAGGGGGGCACGUAACUUACGCCCAGUCUCUAAGCUUUUAGCUCGUUCUGGGACGUGUCUAUUGUGCUUAAGAAUCAUUUUUAUAGCAGCUUUUAUCUGCUGAAAAGUGUGUAGAUGUAAUAUUCCUCCAUCUUUCGCUUUACUACUGUCCUUGGCAUCCCUGAGCGUUUAUGCGUAUACUGUUUGCGCCUGCAGUCUUCCCACUGGUUUUGCAGGUUUAUUUACCUAACCCUGUCUUUGGCCCGGGUCGACUUUUUCCCAUUGUCGCACCGUGGAGCCAUGGCUUUUUGCCUGUUGCCUUCCCAAGAGUGGCGUCCCAGUCUUUGUCCAGUACGUGCAGUUCGCAUCUAAUUGGAUUGUAGGUCGGGCUCUUCGCAUUUGUUGCACAAAUUACAUUUACAUUUAAGUCAUUUAGCAGACGCUCUUAUCCAGAGCGACUUACAAAUUGGUUCAUUCAACUUAGGAUAGCCAGUUGGACAACCACCCCUUUUUUUCAAUUUUUUUUAGGGGGGGGGGGGGGGUUUAGAAGGAUUACUGUUAUACUAUUCCAGGUAUUCCUUAAAGAGGUAGGGUUUCAAGUGUCUCCGAAAGGUGGUCAGUGACUCCGCUAUCUUGGCGUCGUGGGGGAGCUUGUUCCACCAUUGGGGUGCCAGAGCAGCGAAUAGCUUUGACUGGGCUGAGCGGGAACUGUGCUUCCGUAGAGGUAGGGGGGCUAGCAGGCCAGAGGUGGAUGAACGUAGUGCCCUCGUUUGGGUGUAGGGUCUGAUCAGAGCCUGAAGGUAAGGAGGUGCCGUUCCCCUCACAGCUCCGUAGGCAAGCACCAUGGUUUUGUAGUAGAUGCGAGCUUCAACUGGAAGCCAGUGGAGUGUGCGGAGGAGCGGGGUGACAUGAGAGAAUUUGGGAAGGUUGAAUACCAGACGGGCUGCAGCAUUCUGGAUAAGUUGUAGGGGUUUAAUGGCACAGGCAGGGAGCCCAGCCAACAGCGAGUUGCAGUAAUCCAGACGGGAGAUGACAAGUGCCUGGAUUAGGACAUGUGCCGCUUUCUGUGUAAGGUAGGGUCGUUCUCUGCAAAUGUUGUAGAGCAUGAACCUGCAGGAUCGGGUCACAGCUUUGAUGUUAGUAGAGAACGACAGGGUGUUGUACAGGGUCACGCCAAGGUUCUUUGCACUCUGGGAGGAGGACACAAUGGAGUUGUCAACCGUGAUGGCGAGAUCAUGGGGCGGGCAGUCCUUCCCCGGGAGGAAGAGCAGCUCCGUCUUGCUGAGGUUCAGCUUGAGGUGGUGAUCCGACAUCCACACUGAUAUGUCUGCCAGACAUUCAGAGAUGCGAUUUGCCACCUGGUUAUCAGAAGGGGGAAAGGAGAAAAUUAAUUGUGUGUCGUCUGCGUAGCAAUGAUAGGAGAGGAUAUGACAGAGCCAAGUGACUUGGUGUAUAGAGAGAAUAGGAGAGGGCCUAGAACUGAGCCCUGGGGGACACCAGUGGUGAGAGCACGUGGUGCGGAGACAGAUUCUCGCCACGCCACCUGGUAGGAGCGACCUGUCAGGUAGGACGCAAUCCUAGAGUGAGCAGCGCCGGAGAUGCCCAACUUGGAGAGGGUGGAGAGGAGGAUCUGAUGGUUCACAGAAUCAAAGGCAGCAGAUGCAGUGGGGAAAAAUGUAUUUAGUCAGCCACCAAUUGUGCAAGUUCUCCCACUUAAAAAGAUGAGAGAGGCCUGUAAUUUUCAUCAUAGGUACACGUCAACUAUGACAGACAAAUUGAGAAUUUUUUUCUUCCAGAAAAUCACAUUGUAGGAUUUUUAGUGAAUUUAUUUGCAAAUUAUGGUGGAAAAUAAGUAUUUGGUCACCUACAAACAAGCAAGAUUUCUGGCUCUCACAGACCUGUAACUUCUUCUUUAAGAGGCUCCUCUGUCCUCCACUCGUUAUCUGUAUUAAUGGCACCUGUUUGAACUUGUUAUCAGGAUAAAAGACACCUGUCCACAACCUCAAACAGUCACACUCCAAACUCCACUAUGGCCAAGACCAAAGAGCUGUCAAAGGACACCAGAAACAAAAUUGUAGACCUGCACCAGGCUGGGAAGACUGAAUCUGCAAUAGGUAAGCAGCUUGGUUUGAAGAAAUCAACUGUGGGAGCAAUUAUUAGGAAAUGGAAGACAUACAAAACCACUGAUAAUCUCCCUCGAUCUGGGGCUCCACGCAAGAUCUCACCCCGUGGGGUCAAAAUGAUCACAAGAACGGUGAGCAAAAAUCCCAGAACCACACGGGGGGACCUAGUGAAUGACCUGCAGAGAGCUGGGACCAAAGUAACAAAGCCUACCAUCAGUAACACACUACGCCGCCAGGGACUCAAAUCCUGCAGUGCCAGACGUGUCCCCCUGCUUAAGCCAGUACAUGUCCAGGCCCGUCUGAAGUUUGCUAGAGUGCAUUUGGAUGAUCCAGAAGAGGAUUGGGAGAAUGUCAUAUCGUCAGAUGAAACCAAAAUAGAAAUUUUUGGUAAAAACUCAACUCGUCGUGUUUGGAGGACAAAGAAUGCUGAGUUGCAUCCAAAGAACACCAUACCUACUGUGAAGUAUGGGGGUGGAAACAUCAUGCUUUGGGGCUGUUUUUCUGCAAAGGGACCAGGACGACUGAUCCGUGUAAAGGAAAGAAUGAAUGGGGCCAUGUAUCGUGAGAUUUUGAGUGAAAACCUUGCAAGGGCAUUGAAGAUGAAACGUGGCUGGGUCUUUCAGCAUGACAAUGAUCCCAAACACACCGCCCGGGCAACGAAGGAGUGGCUUCGUAAGAAGCAUUUCAAGGUCCUGGAGUGGCCUAGCCAGUCUCCAGAUCUCAACCCCAUAGCAAAUCUUUGGAGGGAGUUGAAAGCCCAGCGACAGCCCCAAAACAUCACUGCUCUAGAGGAGAUCUGCAUGGAGGAAUGGGCCAAAAUACCAGCAACAGUGUGUGAAAACCUUGUGAAGACUUACAGAAAACGUUUGACCUGUGUCAUUGCCAACAAAGGUUAUAUAACAAAGUAUUGAGAAACUUUUGUUAUUGACCAAAUACUUAUUUUCCACCAUAAUUUGCAAAUAAAUUCAUAAAAAAAUCCUUCAAUGUGAUUUUCUGGAUUAUUUUUUUCUCAUUUUGUCUGUCAUAGUUGAUGUCUACCUAUGAUGAAAAUUACAGGCCUCUCUCAUCUUUUUAAGUGGGAGAACUUGCACAAUUGGUGGCUGACUAAAUACUUUUCCCCCCCACUGUAGGUCUAGAAGGAUAAGAGGAGAUAGAGUUAGCUUUAGCAGUGCGGAGAGCCUCCGUGACACAGAGAAGAGCAGUCUCAGUUGAAUGACCAGUCUUGAAACCUGACUGGUUUGAAUCAAGAAGGUCAUUCUGAGAGAGAUAGCAGGAGAGUCCCAUGCAAGUCAUGGUACUCACAUUAAUAUUUCGCACAUCAUAACUAAAUCAUCUAUAAGUGACUUUGUUUAGCUAAACAAUACAUUUUACGGUUGAAAUAUAUAUGGCAAAUAGAAAUCCUAUAUGGAUGGUGUUAAGAGAUAGAUGGGAUGUAUUGAAUAGAGUUGAAGGAUGAGACUAAUAACAAAUAACAACAAAUAAUAACAAAGAUAGCUAAUAAUAUAAGCAUACUGUGUCCAUAAUAAGUAUAUAGGUUGUAUGUUGGGAGCUUUUGGAAAAGAGCACAGUUAGAAGGAUAUGGCAUAUAGAAGCAAACCGGAUGGACAUCAUGAAAAUGAUCGGAGAGGUUGAGAGUAGAAGAAAUUCAGGAGCAAAAUAUAUAUAUAUAUAUAUAUAUAUAUAUAUAUAUAUAUAAUAGAAUUAUUGUAAAAUUAACUGUGUCCAUAAGGUGUAGAUAGUAAGUAUAGGCCGGAAGUAGAGGCCUGGGCAUUGUUGUUCACUAAUUUACUCCCAAGUAGGGAAAGGAUCGCGGGGUUGAAAAGUAAUAAAGGAGAGUAUAUAUAUAUAAAACAUGGGGGAUUGGAAGUGAUGCAGACAAUUACAUUGAUAGAAGAUACAAUCUAUCUGCAAUAUUAAGCUGAUCCAUCCCCCAGAAAAAAAAAAAAAAAACUAUCAAUUUUAGAUACUUUAGGAUGAUUUGGAGAUGCUGUGCGAAAAAUGCUAAUGUAGGUACCAUGACUUGCAUGCGAUUUGUGCCACAAAUGCUAAAACGUUAGCGUUUGAAAACAGUGCCAGGAAAACUAAACCAAAACAUGGAUUGCUGUCAUACUUUGUCCAUAGACUGCUUACGGGGUAAGGAAAACAAUAUGUUAUUUUGUAAGGUGGGUGAACUAUCCUGUUAAGGCCUUACCAACAAUAACGUCUGCUAAAUAUGCGUAUGCGACCAAUAAGAUAUUAUUUGAACCUCAAGAAGUUGUAGUAGAUUGCUUAAAUAACAUGGUAAUUCUAAAUAGGGACAGAUUCCCUCCAUUAGUUCAUCAAACUAAAUCACAAGGCUUAGAGGAAACGGAGCAUUGAAGAGGGAAUAGUCAAUGGCGUGUAUAUUACCGCUUCCCUUUAUAAAACGGUCCAUUUACUCUCUUUCUUUAACUCCUUCUCUCAGGCCGGAGCAUUACAGCCCCAUGCACUUCCGGCUGUGCCAACAGGUGCUGACGGCGGUGCAAAAGCUGGCCAGGGAAUCGGGCGGCGGCAUGGCCCGGGAGACCUGGGAGGUGCUGCUGCUCUUCCUGCUGCGCAUCAACGACACCCUGCUGGCCCCGCCCACAGUCGGAGGUCAGCCCACCGGAACAGAUUCAAUUAGAGUACUUUUUGUAGUGUCGUGGGGCAAUUCCUAACUUCCACUUAGGUCACAUUUUAUCCCAUUGAUAUCAAACCAUGACUAAUACGUGGAUGUUAGGAUUCGCCGCAUAAUCUUUUUGGCUUUGAUUCAAUUAAAUAACUUUGUUGCUAAUAUUACUAUUUAGAUGCAAAUUAUGAUGCUGUGCGGGAGCAUUUUUCCCCUGUGUUUUUCUACACCUAGACAUUUUGGAUUAUGCAAAUUCACCCAUUCUUCCUAUUCAUCAUUACUCACCCGUCCCCCAUCCGCCAACUCGCUCAGGUGGAAUAGCGGAGAAGCUGGCUGAGAAGCUGAUCAGCGUGCUGUUCGAGGUGUGGUUCCUGGCCUGCAUGCGCUGCUUCCCCACACCGCCCUACUGGAAGACGGCCAGGGAGAUGCUGGCCAACUGGAGGCACCACCCGCCCGUGGUGGAGCAGUGGAGCAAGGUCAUUGCCGCCCUCACCUCCAGGUAGCCACACCACAACAAGACCAGUGGUCGCCAAUCCUGGGAUUGCAGGCUUUUGUUUAAGCUUAAACAUAUGGUUAACUUUUUUAAACAAAUGUGAGCUUACUUAUUGGACACCUUCAUGUAAGACAGGCAGUAGGAGUUAUUUCUGUCAACCACUAAUCUGUGUUUUCUACAAGCACAUGGAGUAUCCAGCCAAAUAGAAAAUCAGCCAGCCAGGCUCCCCUCUGGCGGUUAAGACAAGCCUCUGGUACAUUCUAAUGCCUUGAUUCUGUCCGAAAUACACAGCGAAAUGAUUGAAUACUUUACUGGGUUUACCUCCCAGAUUAGAAAAAUUAGUUGUGAUAUGGUGUUUACAAUUUAUAUGACUGAAUAUGUAUGAAUUCAGUGUAUUGUUAAUUGUUUUGGAUAUCAUCUAUUAUUUUCUAAAUAAGAGAACAUGAUAAAAAAAUAUAUGUAAUUUACAUACAGUACCAGUCAAAAGUUUGGACACCUACUCAUUCAAGGGUUUUUCUUUGUGUACUAUUUUCUACAUUGUAGAAUAAUAGUGAAGACAUAAAAACUAUGAAAUAACACAUAUGGAAUCAUGUAGUAACCAAAAAAGUGUUAAACAAAUCAAAAUAUAUUUUAUAUUUGAGAUUCUUCAAAUCGCCACCCUUUGCCUUGAUGACAGCUUUGCACACUCUUGGCAUUCUCUCAACCAGCUUAAUGAGGAAUGCUUUUCCAACAAUCUUGAAGGAGUUCCCACAUAUGCUGAGCACUUGUUGGCUGCUUUUCCUUCACUCUGCGGUCCAACUCAUCCCAAACCAUCUCAAUUGGGUUGACUAGACUUGAGAUCAUCCAUUCACCUAAUCUGCGUUUCACAAAGAGACGGCGGUUGGAACCAAAAAUCUCAAAUUUGGACUCAUCAUACCAAAGGACAGAUUUCCACCGAUCUGAUGUCCAUUGCUCGUGUUUCUUGGCCCAAGCAAGUAUUCUUCUUAUUGGUGUCCUUUAGUAGUGGUUUCUUUGCAGAAAUUCAAGGACGAAGGCCUGAUUCACGCAGUCUUCUGUGAACAGUUGAUGUUGAGAUGUGUCUGUUACUUGAGCUCUGUGAAGCAUUUAUUUGGGCUGCAAUUUCUGAGGCUGGUAACUCUAAUGAACUUGUCCUCUGCAGCAGAGGUAACUCUGGGUCUUCCUUUCCUGUGGCGGUCCUCAUGAGAGCCCGUUUCAUCAUAGUGCUUGAUGGUUUUUGCGACUGCACUUGAAGAAACUUUCAAAGAUAUUGAAAUUUUCCGUAUUGACUGACCAUGUCUUAAAGUAAUGAUGGACUGUCGUUUCUCUUUGCUUAUUUGAGCAGUUCUUGCCAUAAUAUGGACUUGGUCUUUUACCAAAUAGGGCUAUCUUCUGUAUACCAGCCCUACCUUGUCACAACACAACUGAUUGGCUCAAACGCAUUAAGAAGGAAAGAAAUUCCACAAAGUAACUUUUAAGAAGGCACACCUGUUAAUUGAAAGGCAUUCCAGGUGACUACCUCAUCAAGCUGGUUGAGAGAAUGCCAAAAGUGUGCAAAGCUGUUAUCAAGGCAAAGGGUGGCUACUUUGAAGAAUCUCAAAUAUAAAAUAUAUUUUGAUUUGUUUAACACUUCUUUGGUUACUACAUGAUUCCAUAUGUGUUAUUUCAUAGUUUUGAUGUCUUCACUAUUAUUCUACAAUGUAUAAAAACAUUUCUAGAGUGUUGAAAGUUUCCAAGAGCACGGUGAUCUCCAUCAUUGGGAAAUAGAAAAAAUAUGAAACUACCCAGACUGCCUAGAGCUGGCCGUCCGACCAAACUGCGCAAGAAGCACCUUGGUCAGGGAGGUGACCAUGAACCCAGUGACCACUCUGACAGAACUACAGAGUUCCUUGGUUGAGAUGGGGGAACCUGCCAGAAGGACAACCGUCUCUACAGCACUUCACCAAUCUGGGCUUUAUGGGAGAGUGGCCAGACGGAAGCCACUCCUGAGAAAAAGGCACAUGACAGCACGCCUGGAGUUUGAAAAAAGGCACUUGAAAGACUCUGAGUGCAUAAGGCAAAAUAUUCUGUGGUCUGAAUGAACUGUUUGGCCUGAAUGCUAAGUGCUAUGUCUGGAGAAAACCAGGAACAAUUAAUCACCCGUCUAACGCCUUUCCUACCGUAAAGCAUGGGGGUGGCAGCAUCAUGCUAUGGGGAUGAUUUUCAGCGGCAGGGACUGGGAGACUGGUGAGGAUAGAGGGAACAAUGAAUGGAGCCAAAUGCAGACAAAUCCUUGAUGAGAACCUGCUUCAGAGUGCAAACGACCUUAGACUGGAGCGAAGAUUUACGUUCCAACAGGACGAUAACCCCAAGCAUACAGCCAAAGCAACGCUGGAAUGGCUUCAGAACAAGAAUGUGAAAGUCCUUGAGUGGCCCAGACUUGAAUCCAUAAAAAAUCUGUGGAAAGACUUGAAGAUUGCUGUUCACUGCCGCUACCCAAUAACUUAACAGAGCUUGAGAAAAUCUGCAAGGAAGAAUGGGAGAAAAUCCCCAAAUCCAGAUGUGCAAAGCUGAUACAGACAUACCCAACACGACUCAAAGCUGUAAUCGCCGCCAAAGGUGCUUCUACAAAGUAUUGACUUAAGUAAAUUAGAUAUUUCUGCUUUUCAUUUUAAAUUUGUAAACAUUUCUAAAAUCAUGUUUUCACUUUGUCAUUGGGUAUUGUGUGUAGAUGGGUGAGAUUUUUUGUUGAUUUAAUCCAUUUUGAAUUCAUGCUUAUAACACAGCAAAAUGUAAAGGGCUAUGAAUAGUUACUGAAGGCACUGUACACGUACAUGCAGGAUUAUUUAUAAACACUUUACUAAUGGUUAAAGUAUUUGAUAAUGGACUAUUAGCGGAUUAUAAGCACAAAUUAAUAUUAAGCAUUAAUUAUGUAAAUGUACUCAUACGAUUUAUUCAAUGUUCUGUUUCGGCACAGACUGUUGCGGUUCACCUACGGUACAUCCUUCCCUCCGUUCAAAGUCCCAGAGGAGGACGCCAACAUGAUCCCUACUGAGAUGGACAACGACUGUGUGGCUCAGACCUGGUUCCGCUUUCUGCACAUGCUCAGGUGAGACCCACGGAGCUAGCUAUCUGUUAUGUGUGGCACAGUAUGGGAGGUAUUUCUGUUAAAAUCUAUACUGUAUUCUAUGGAAUUGCACCCCUAUUAAAUAGUAUAAUUACUUUCUUCAAUCAUCAUUUAAGAAACCUAUCCUGGGAGCAGCUUCUUAGGUCUUUUUGAUGAAGAACAUACUAAAAAAUAUAAAAAUGUAUCCGAAAAUGAUUCUAGACUCUUAAUGGACCUCCAAAAAUGUAACCUAAAGAUCUUCUAGAACACUCUCCCAGAUGGUCCAAGAAAGUGAUCUGAGAAAAUAUUGUAUUGGGCUACAUCAAUUGAACUGUUACUCUCUAGCGGUUGUUUUCGGCUAGGUUGUGGAGAGAAAUAACAUAUUACUUUACCUACAGACUUUGGGAAAUCCAGCCCAGGACCAACAUUUUGCACCCCUAUGCUAACAGUCCCCCCUACCUCUCCUCCUCUUGCAGUAACCCGGUGGACCUGAGCAACCCGCUGUCGGUCAGCUCCACGCCAAAGUUCCAGGAGCAGCUGCUGGGGGUGAGCGGCGUGCCCCAGGAGGUGAUCCAGCAGCACCCCUGUCUCAAGCAGCUGCCCCAGAUCUUCUUCAGGGCGAUGCGGGGGGUCAGCUGCCUGGUGGAUGCCUUCCUGGGUAAGACUACCUCACCUUAUCAUUUUUCUUUCUCCAUUGCAUAUACUGUUACAUUUGACUUUGGCCCUGUCCAGAGACAACUCCUAGCCCUUUCCCCUAGUCCAGGGUUCUUCAAUUCCGGUCCUGGAGGGCCGAAACACCUCUGUUUUUAAUCCUCUCCUUCUAAUCAGGAGCUAAUUCAGACCUGGGACACCAGGUGAGUGCAAUUAACUACCAGGUAGAAAUUAAAAACAGAAGUGUUUCGGCCCUCCAGGACCGGAAUUGAAGAACCCUGCCCUAGGCACUUAAUGUAGAUCUGGGCCCGUAUUCAUGAAAUAGUAUUCAUGAAAUAGUUUAGAGUAGGCAUCUGGGUAGGAGUGCUGAUCUAGGAUCAGUUUUGCCUUAUAGAUCAUAAUGAAUAAGAUUACAUAGACAGGGGGGACCUGAUCGUAGAUCAGCACUCCUACUAUGAGACGCUUUCUGAAUACGUGCCCUGAAAACAUUGUAUAGGUAUGGUAGUAGUUCCAUCUUCUCCCAUAAUAGGCUGGAGAUUUAGCCCUGUUACUUGAACCUAUCCAAUACUUUCAUAUCUACACAAGUCCUCAUGUUUUGCUGGAUCACAUCUAACUAAGAGGUCAUGUAUAUGUUUCCUCCUCGCUAGGUGUCGGACUCGCAAAGAGAGAGAUUCGAGAGAAACUGCCUUCCUAUGGUACUCAAUAAACUUUGUCAUUCAAAUCAGGGGUAAAAGGGUUUAGAUUUUGUGGACAUUGAUCAUGUAAAACAUGGAAAUAUGUUAUUUUACUUAGUAAAAUGUAUGCACUCCCUAACUGUAAGUCUGGAUAAGAGCGUCUGCUAAAUGACUAAAAUGUAAAUGUAAAACCUUGAUUUUAUGACCAGCAACUACAUUAAUGGGUUCUCCCACCACAUUGUAUUUGCCUGUACACUGGCUUUUAAACAAGAACCGGACUUGUUCAAAAAGCUUUGUGCCCAUUGCCCUGCACCUAAUAAUAGUGGAAGACUUCAACCAUGUAAAAAAAAUAAUAAUAAUAAUCAACCAUCAAGCAGACCUCCCUGCAUUUUUGCCCUAUACGUCAUCUAAGCACUGUCACGGUGAUGGCUAUAUACCUCCCUAAAUCUCUUGACAUCCCCAUGUUUAAAGAAACGGCAGCGCAGCACUUCUUAGAUUUUUAUUUUGGUUAAUGUGUCAGUUUUCAUUUUGAAAAUCACAAACUAGUAUUAGCUAUGUGGCCAAUUAUGUUCUACAGUGCCUAAACACAUAUAAUGUCUCGAAUAAAUACCAAACAUAGCUUGAGUUGUUUAACAGUAAUUUAGCCCAAUAACUAAUCCAUAAUUUUGUGUUUCUGCUUCAUUUUUUUCUUUUUCUUUCUUUCUUCUUUCCCAGAAACACCACUAGUGUCUAUCUCCCCCUCAGGAGUGACAAUGUCUCCUAGGACCAAUAUACAUGACAAACUUCCCUCUCUAGGUACACCACUAAACCAGACCUAACCCAAUGAAAUCCAAUCACUAACAUCACACAGGGGUUUAUGUAUAUAUCAAACAAGAUUCCCUAUAGUGGUGUUUGGGCAUAAGACAAAUAGCAAAUGGUGCCACACUUCUACAGUCACAAAAACAACCUAUCCUUACACAUCUAGGAAAAAUACAUUAUUCACUGUGUCAGAAUGACAAGCUGCGAAAGCUUUGACCGCUUUCUUUCCCUCAGGUUUCGCUGUGUCUAGGAACAACUUCAAAGAAAGGCUUUCCUCCAUGCCCUCCUAUGGUACUCAUUAGUAGAGUGCUCCCAACCAAUCAUAAAGGGGGCUGAAGCAUUUUGAUGGAUUUGCUGGGGUUCACCAAAAACUGACUGUGUGGUGAAGCUAGCUGUUGCAUGCACUUAGUGGCUGUGUCCAAAACAAUUGAAUCCAUAAUCACUAUCAGGACAGCGGCGACAAACAGUCUCAAAAACCUUGCUUCUCUACCCCUGUAUUUCUUGUUAUUUUGAUGUACAGUGCCUUCAGAAAGUAUUCACACCUCUCAACCUUUUUCCAUAUUUGUUGUGCUACAAAUUUGGAUUAAAAUAGAUGUAAUUGUCAUUUCUGUUCAACAAUCUACAGAAAAUACUAAUGUCAAAGUGGAAGAAAACUUCUAACAUUUGUGUAAAAAAUUCAUGAAAAAUAAAACACUAUCUUGAUUGGAUAAGUAUUCAACCCCCUAUACAUGUUAGAAUCACUUUUGGCAGCGAUUGCAGCUGUGAAUCUUUCUGGGUAAAUCUCUUAAGAGCUUUCUACACCUGGAUUGUGCAACAUUUGCCCGUUAUUCUUCAAGCUCUGUUAAAUUGGUUGUUGAUCGUUGCUAGACAACCAUUUUCAUGUCUUGCCAUAGAUUUUCAAGCAGAUUUAAGUAAAAACUAACUUGGCCACUCGGGAACAUUCAGUGUAGAUUUGGCCUUGUGUUUUAGGUUAUUGUCCUGCUGAAAGGUGAAGUCAUCUCCCAGUGUCUGGUGGAAAGCAGACUGAACCAAGUUUUCCUCUAGGAUCUUGCCUGUGCUUAGUGCCAUUCCGUUUCUUUUUAUCCUAAAAAACUCCCCAGUUGUUAACGAUUACAAGCAUACCCAUAACAUGAUGCAGCCACCACUAUGCUUGAACUUAUGGAGAGUGGUACUCAGGAAUAGUGUUGUCAGUGUGGACAGUAAGUAUAUGCCUGUAACUGUUUGAUAGGCUAUGCCAAGCUUCUGAAUAAAUUAACUGUUGUCAAUCAAAAUUGGUCGUCUAGCCGCCCCAAGGCGAUGAAGCGAAAAAUGUGACAUUUUUCUCUGUGGAUUUUUAUUUUUAACAUUCCUUUAUCUGUGGUGAGUAUCCCGCAACAAAGAAGACAUCCAUCCACAUGAGAUGGCUUGUGCAUUUUGAGCUGUUAUUUUUCUGUCGGUGGAGGAAAGGUGAAACGCAAAAAUGACACACCGUUGAUGUUACUAACAUCGCCCUCCAGUGGACGGGAAACGGGCCGCGAUUUGGUUGUUGCUGUUUUCACUUCAAACAGCUGAAUGUUUUCUGUGCCUCAUCCCUUCUCUCUCUCCCUCAGGUGUCUCCCGUCCUCGGUCGGACAGUGCCCCGCCCACCCCUGUCAACAGACUGAGCAUGCCGCCGCCCACCACCAACACCACGCCCCCUCACAGCCGCCGCCACAAACCCACAGGGGUCACAAAGACGGCCAGUAAAACCUCAACGGUAGGUUCCUACCCCAGAGUCUCAGUUGUACUUCUUAUGAGCUGCUGUUUAUUGGUCUUUCCUAAUUUGGCCCAUUUGUAUCAGAUUUUAAAUGGAGAACUGAAGUAAAAUGGGAAAAAGACUUCAUACCUUUGCCAAAUAAUGUUUUUUCCAAUGUUUGAAAAAAUGUGAAUAAAUGUUAAUGUGACUGAAUAUUCAUUUUUUUACUGUGCCAGUUUGAUAGUUUAAUAAAUUCCUGGUUAUCUAUCACCCUCCUUCCCUACCCACCCAGGCGAGCAUAACACACCAACCCAAAGUGUCCCAACAGCCGUCUUCCACCUCCCCCCUGUCCAGCCCCAACCAGACCAGCUCGGAGCCCCGGCCGCUGCCCGCCCCCACCAGGCCCAAGGUCAACAGUGUCCUCAACCUGUUUGGCCAGUGGCUUUUUGACGCCGCGCUGGUGCACUGCAAGCUCCACACGGGCCUGAGCCGGGACAACAGCAUGACUGGUAAGGCGAGGGUCAGAGGUUAAGGGUCAACAAUUGGUCAAAAACUGGUUUGACUAGAAUUGCGUUGUACUGUACUCAAUAGUCUAAAGAACCUUCCUCUCCUUUAUUGUAGCCUCUUCUUUAGCUUUGCAAAAUGUGAAAAGCAGGGUAUGUUGUGGAACAUUCAUAUAUACUGAACAACAAUAUAAAUGCAACAAUUUAAAAGACUUUACUGAGUUACAGUUCAAAUAUGGAAAUCGGUCAAUUGAAAUAAAUAAAUUAGGCCCUAAUCUAGGGAUGCAGCCAUGGGUGGGCCUGGGAGGGCAUAUACCCACCCAUAAGAAUGAGUUUUUCCCCACAAAAGGGCCAAUUGCACCCUCAAAACUUGAGACCUCUGUGGCAUUGUUUGCACAUUUUUAAAGUGGCAUUUAUUGUCCCCGGCACAAGGUCCACCAGUGUAAUGAUCAUGCUGUUUAAUCAUCUUCAAAUUUGUGCACAACAUUUUAGGGAAAUAAGCUUUUUUGUGCGUAUGGAACAUUUCUGGGAUUUUUUUAUUUCAGCUCAUGAAACAUGGGACCAACACUUUACAUGUUGCGUUUAUAUUUUUGUUCAGUAUAGAAAUUGAUUAUAUAGAACAAUAAUGUCAGCUCUAUUCCAAUAAUUUACUGAAUGUGGCCCAUUUGAAAGGGAUAUGGAGGAUGCUCAUCUGGGAAAUGGUAUUCAACAUUUCGGCUCUUUCACACCAGUGCAUAUGAAGCAAAUGAAACAAUAAGAUGAAUUCACUUCAAACUAUUGAGAUGCACCCAGAGUGUUAUUUUUGUUUAAAUUAAUUUUCUUAUAUAUUUUUCUAUUCAGGCUCUUUCUUUACAUUAUUGAACAGGUUUCUUUUUGAUGGUUUUAUUGGGACUGGACAGUAAAGAGGAGACUAGAAAGGUAGCAGAGAGAUCAAGUCAAUGGUAUACAGAUGUCAGAUCUUAAUCUGACCAGUACUAUCGCAGCAAAAUAAUCCUGCAACAACAGGCUAUAGAUAGUUUCGUCCAUAAUGUUGCUUCAUAGGUGGUUAGGCUAUUAGCUAGCCAAAAUUAGGCUAUAUGAAAAGUGCAAUACUGUUAAUAUAACCGUGUAUUAUUGUGUGUUUUCAGUGAAUUUAUGUAAAUCAUGAAGCUCAUCUGCAUUUCCUGCGGUAAAGGAAAAUUCUCAGCAACAAAAGAGUAAUCAAAUUAAGAUCCUACAUUUGUAUACAUGUGUGGCUGUGUCUGCGGCACUAUUGAGCCAGUUUCAAUUGGCAUGGGAUAUGAGCAAGUGGUGGUCUUCAGUUGGAUAAAGUAGCAGGCAAAGAGGUGUGUGAAAGUAAUGGUGUUGAUUUAUCCAGGAUUGUAGGCUGAGCUCAAGCUGCCACUCGCCUCUCGACAAACAAAACCCUGAGCUGGUCUUACUGUUAGUAAUGGACAGUUAAUAGUGUCAAUAGCUACCAAAGGGAAUUUCAUUUGGGAAUGCAGUCAAUCUUAAUGUGUUUGCCACCACCUAUUGCAGAUGAUGAUGAUAAUAUAAGUAUUCAUCUUCAAUUGUGAGAAAUGGGUCGGAUGGUAGCCAGUAUCAUUGUUUUGAGGUCUAUCCUCCAUUUUGAUGGACUGUGGUCUUUCAGUUGAUCUUGGCCAGGGGUCGGCAACCCGCGGCUCUUAGCGGCUCUUCAACCCCUCUCUUGCGGCUCCCUGGCUAUUUAUAGAUUACAGUGCAUUUAGGAAGUAUUCAGACCCCUUCACUUUUUCUACAUUUUGUUACAUUACAGCCUUAUUCUAAAAUGGAUUAAAUUGUUUUUUCCCCCUCAAUCUACACACAAUACCCCAUAAUGACAAAGCAGAAACAGGUUGUUGUAUUUUUGUAGCAAAUUUAUAAAGAAUAAACUGAUUUAUAUUACAUUUACAUAAGUAUUUAGACCCUUUACUCUGUACUUUUUUGAAGCACCUUUGGUAGCGAUUACAGCCUCAAGUCUUCUUGGGUAUGACGCUAUAAGCUUGGCACACCUGUAUUUGGGGAGUUUUUCCUAUAAAAAAAUUAAACAGGUACAAAAGUAUCUAUAUCCACAGGACCUUUUGCUGCUGUUCUGGGAUUGAUUUGCACUUUUCGCACCAAAGUACGAUCUCUAGGAGACAGAACGCGUCUCCUUCCUGAGCAGUAUGAUGGCUGCGUUGUCCCAUGGUGUUUAUACUUGCGUACUAUUGUUUGUACAGAUGAACGUGGUACCUUCAGGCGUUUGGAAAUUGCUCCCAAGGAUGAACCAGACUUGUGGAGGUCUACAAUUUCUUUUCUGAGGUCUUGGCUGAUAUUUUUUUGAUUUUCCCAUGAUGUCAAACAAAGAGGCACUGAGUUUGAAGGUAGGCCUUGAAUUACAUCCACAGGUACACCUCCAAUUGGCUCAAAUGAUGUCAAUUAGCCUAUCAGAAGCUUCUAAAGCCGUGAUAUCAUUUUCUGAAAUGUUUCUAGCUGUUUAAAGGCACAGUCAAUUUAGUGUAUGUAAACUUCUGACCAACUGGAAUUGUGAUACAGUGAAUUAUAAGUGAAAUAAUCUGUCUUUUAAACAAUUGUUUGAAAAAUUACUUGUGUCAUGCACAAAGUAGAUGUCCUAACCAACUUGCCAAAACUAUAGUUUGUUAAAAAGAAAUUUGUGGAGUGGUUGAAAAACGAGUUUUAAUGACUCCAACCUAAGUGUAUGUAAACUUCCGACUUCAACUGCCACAUAUGCUGAGCACUUGUUGGCUGCUUUUCCUUCACUGCGGUCCAACUCAUCCCAAACCAUCUCAAUUGGGUUGAGGUCGGGUGAUUGUGGAGGCCAGGUCAUCUGAUGCAGCACUCCAUCACUCUCCUGCUUGGUCAAAUAUCCCUUACACAGCCUGGAGGUGUGUUGGGUCAUUGUCCUGUUGAAAAACAAAUGAUUGUCCCACUAAGUGCAAACCAGAUGGGAUGGCGUAUCGCUUCAGAAUGCUGUGGUAGCCAUGCUGGUUAAGUGUGCCUCACAGGUCCUCAACUGGCAGCUUCAUUAAAUAGUACCCGCAAAACACCAGUCUCAACGUCAACAGUGAAGAGGCGACUCCGGGAUGCUGACAUUCUAGGCAGAGUUGCAAAGAAAAAGCCAUAUCUCAGACUGCCCAUCUUAAUCUUUUAUUUUUAUUAUAAUAUGGCUUUUUCUUUGCAAAUUAUUAUUACAUUUAUUGCUGGGCUUGAUGUGGGUAUUUCAAUUAAUCACUAGAGAACAAUAUUUCCUUUGUUGGUAGGUUUUUAAAUCCAAAAGUCAUAUCGCUAUGUUAUUGUAUGUUCACAAGAUUUGAUUCUCUCUGCAACUUCACCAGACAGCCGCUGUGUUCAAUGCUCUGCUCUGUGACACUGAAUGUCAGAUUUCGUGGUAAUUUGAUCCGACUGUUAUCUGUGGUGCUAUUGCCACCAUUGCACAUGAAAAGGGCUUGAAUGUCUUCUGCGGCUCCCUCAAAACAAAAUAUUUUGUGUGGAAAAAAUGGCUCUUCCAGUCAUAGAAACGUUGCCGACCCCUAAUCUAGGCUGUUGCAUUUUUCAUUAAACUUUAUUGACAAGAGAAACUGUUUUUAAACUCUAUUCUGAGCUGAGUAAUUAUAUAUUUUUUAAUCCAGGAGGCCUAUUUCAUAAUCUUCAGGUUUAGUUUUAAUUUUCAGUUUUUGCAUGUUGGUUAUUUGUCAUGAUUGUUGUUUCGACUAUCAAUAUCUUUGUUGACAUUGAUGACACUGAUGUUAAGAAAUAUCACAAUGAAAAGUCCUUGAAGCACGAAUAAGACAUAACUUAUCAUAUCACUGCUGUUCUUUGAUUUGUUUCCCAUUUUAUUUCUAUUUUGUAGCUACAUUUGUCCAAAUUCUUCUUUCUUAUAAAUCUUGUAAGUAGGAAUACAAGCUUCCCGUAAAUUUUUUAACUUGCAGUUUUCCUGUAUUCGAUUGGCUUUUCUUUUUUUUUUGUGCCCUUUGUCAUCGCCACUGAGUCGUUGUUGCUGCACUGUUUCUUGGGGAACGUGUCCAUUUCCUUCCUGUGGGUGGGGUGGGGUGGGGAAGAGGUUGCCAGGGGUGUAUUCAUUAGGCACCAAAUGGAAGAAAACAGACGGAAACAAGGAGAGGGACUACCUGAACCUGUCCAAUAAGAAACGCUUGUUUUCAUUUUCUGUCGCAAAACGUUUUGCUAUGGUAUGCCCUAAUGAAUACAACCCUGAACUUUCCAGUCCCAAACCACCCCACAUUCUGCCUGGAAGCAAACUGACUUGCUACACCUGGAUCAUACACAUGUAAUGUCCUCCCCAAACGAUCUCACACACUAAUACUUAUUUUCCCAAAGUAACCAACAAACGUUCAGUUUUUCUUCCGUGGCUUAAUUUGCUCCUCAGUUGAUUACCUUGAAUUUGUAUGUACUGUAUUUUACACCAUGCAUGUGGUGGAUGUCUGUUCCAUAUAUCUGUGCUAUAUAUCGUGCCUCGUGUGAAUUUCCAAGGAGCUAAUAAGUAGACAUUGCAAACUGAAUUUAGCCAUUCAUGAGAAAACAUAUUCACCUGUAUCAGCUCUUUGUAGGCUGCUACACAGAGCUCACAAAAGAGGCUGCUGUGUGUUUUACAUAUCUUUUUGGCUCAGAAAGCAUAAUGAAACUUUACGUAAUCCAAAUCAGUUGUUGUUGGCGGAGCAAAAUGCCCAGGCAGAAGUAUUGUAAAUGCUCCCUUUCAAACCAUAUGGGGUGCGUUUCAAAUGGCACCCUGUUCCUUAUUAAGUGCACUAUUUUUGACCGGGGCUAAUAGCACUGCUGUAUGGAAUAGAGUGCCAUUUGGGAUGGAGACCUAUAGUGCAGCUUCACAUGAAAGGAACCUUGAUGAAAUGUCCUGCCAGGAUGGUGCGCCCCCGCUACGGUGCAGCAGUAGAGCAGUCAGGCUAAAGUAAGUAACAAUGGACUUGAAAGUAAAUAUCCUCAAUUGGAAGAUUCCAUUAGCACAACAUCAUAUUUGGAAAUAAUUGUUCAUUUUACCACCGAGCUCACAGAGGUCCUAUUGGAAAUUAUGUAAAAUUACCCCCAACUUUUGCAGUUUCUUUUCAAUUGAAAAACAGGUACUUUUCAUAUGCACUUUGUGUCAGUGGUUUCCGCUUUUGACCUAUGACCUUUUAGUGCCACAGUUUCAUAACAAAUUAUUUAUCUCUCAUAUUAUUCUCCGCCGGUCUUCUGUCCUCUCUCGCCACUUUCCUUUCCCCCCUUCUUUCUCUAUCCGUCCUUUCUCUUUUCUACCUCCACCCUCUCUCCUUCACCCCCCUCCAUUUGUGUGCUUCUCUCCCCCCUAUUCCUGUGAUCCCCCCCUCUCUCUUGCCAGCCCUGGCCACUCAGACGGGAGUGGAGCUGAGGAGGAAGGGCUCCCAGAUGUCCACAGACACCAUGGUGUCCAAUCCCAUGUUCGACGCCAACGAGUUCCCCGACAACUACGAGUCGGGCCGGGCCGAGGCCUGUGGGACCCUCUGUAGGAUCUUCUGCAGCAAGAAGACUGGCGAGGAGAUACUGCCCGUUUAUCUGUCCAGGUACCCACAUGUUUUACUGUGAUACAGUCAAAACAGAAACACAAUACAGUGAGGGAAAAAAGUAUUUGAUCCCCUGCUGAUUUUGUACGUUUGCCCACUGACAAAGAAAUGAUCAAUCUAUCAUUUUAAUGGUAGGUUUAUUUGAACAGUGAGAGACAGAAUAACAUCAACAAAAAUCCAGAAAAACGCAUGUCAAAAAUGUUAUAAAUUGAUUUGCAUUUUAAUGAGGGAAAUAAGUAUUUGGCCCCCUCUCAAUCAGAAAGAUUUCUGGCUCCCAGGUGUCUUUUAUACAGGUAACGAGCUGAGAUUAGGAGCACACUCUUAAAGGGAGUGCUCCUAAUCUCAGCUUGUUACCUGUAUAAAAGAGACCUGUCCACAGAAGCAAUCAAUCAAUCAGAUUCCAAACUCUCCACCAUGGCCAAGACCAAAGAGUUCUCCAAGGAUGUCAGGGACAAGAUUGUAGACCUACACAAGGCUGGAAUGGGCUACAAGACCAUCGCCGAGCAGCUUGGUGAGAAGGUGAAAACAGUUGGUACGAUUAUUCGCAAAUGGAAGAAACACAAAAGAACUGUCAAUCUCCCUCGGCCUGGGGCUCCAUGCAAGAUCUCACCUCAUGGAGUUGCAAUGAUCAUGAGAACGGUGAGGAAUCAGCCCAGAACUACACGGGAGGAUCUUGUCAAUGUCUCAAGGCAGCUGGGUCCAUAGUCACCAAGAAAACAAUUGGUAACACACUACGCCGUGAAGGACUGAAAUCCUGCAGCGCCCGCAAGGUCCCCCUGCUCAAGAAAGCACAUAUACAGGCCCGUCUGAAGUUUGCCAAUGAACAUCUGAAUGAUUCAGAGGAGAACUGGGUGAAAGUGUUGUGGUCAGAUGAGACCAAAAUCGAGCUCUUUGGCAUCAACUCAACUCGCCGUGUUUGGAGGAGGAGGAAUGCUGCCUAUGACCCCAAGAACACCAUCCCCACCGUCAAACAUGGAGGUGGAAACAUUAUGCUUUGGGGGUGUUUUUUCUGCUAAGGGGACAGGACAACUUCACUGCAUCAAAGGGACGAUGGACGGGGCCAUGUACCGUCAAAUCUUGGGUGAGAACCUCCUUCCCUCAGCCAGGGCAUUGAAAAUGGGUCGUGGAUGGGUAUUCCAGCAUGACAAUGACCCAAAACACACGGCCAAGGCAACAAAGGAGUGGCUCAAGAAGGAGCACAUUUAGGUCCUGGAGUGGCCUAGCCAGUCUCCAGACCUUAAUCCCAUAGAAAAUCUGUGGAGGGAGCUUAAGGUUCGAGUUGCCAAACGUCAGCCUCGAAACUUUAAUGACUUGGAGAAGAUCUGCAAAGAGGAGUGAAACAAAAUCCCUCCUGAGAUGUGUGCAAACCUGGUGGCCAACUACAAGAAACGUCUGACCUCUGUGAUUGCCAACAAGGGUUUUGCCACCAAGUACUAAGUCAUGUUUUACAGAGGGGUCAAAUACUUAUUUCCCUCAUUAAAAUGCAAAUCAAUUUAUAACAUUUUUGACAUGCAUUUUUCUGGAUUGUUUUGUUGUUAUUCUGUCUCUCACUGUUCAAAUAAACCUACCAUUAAAAUUAUAGACUGAUCAUGUCUUUGCCAGUGGGCAAACCUACAAAAUCAGCAGGGGAUCAAAUACUUUUUUCCCUCACUGUAUAGUAGUAUUAUAUAAGUAUUUUUAAAUGAGUACCCAAAUCUCCACAGAUUCUGUAUUGAAUUUUUUAAAGUAUACUGAACAAAAAUAUAAACGCAUCAUGGAAUGUGUUGGUCCCAUGUUUCAUGAGCUGAAAUAAAAGAUCCCACACAUUUUCCAUUCGCACAAAAAGCCUAUUUCUCUCAAAUUUUGUGAACAAAUGUAUUUACAUCCCUGUUAGUAUUUCUCCUUUGCCAAGAUAAUCCAUCCACCUGACAGGUGUGGCAUAUCAAGAAGCUGAUUAAACAGCAUGAUCAUUACACAGGUGCACCUUGUGCUGGGGACAAUAAAAGGCCACUCUAAAAUGUGCCGUUUUGUCACACAACACAAUGCCACUGAUGUCUCAAGUUUUGACUGCAGGGAUGUCGACCAGAUCUGUUGCCAGAGAAUUGAAUGUUAAUUUCGCUACCAUAAGCCUCCUCCAACGUCGUUUUAGAGAAUUUGGCAGUGCGUCCAACCGGCCUCACAACUGCAGACCAUGUGUAACCACGCCAGCCCAGGACCACCACAUCUGGCUUCUUCACCUGUGGGAUGGUCUGAGACCAUUCACCCAGGCAGCUGAUGAAACUGUGGGUUUGCAUAACUGAAGAAUUUCUGCACAAACUGUCAGAAAACGUCUCAGGGAAGCUAAUCUGCGUGCUCCUCGUCCUCACCAGGGUCUUAACCUGACUGCAGUUCGGCGUUGUAACUGACUUCAGUGGGCAAAUGCUCACCCUCGAUGGCCACUGGCACGCUGGAGAAGUGUGCUCUUUACGGAUGAAUCCCGGUUUCAACUUUAACUGGCAGAUUGCAGACUGUGUGUAUGGUGUCGUGUGGGCAAGCGGUUUGCUGAUAUCAACGUUGUGAACAGAGUGCCCCAUGGUGGGCUUAUGGUAUGGACAGGCAUAAGCUAUGGACAACUAAAACAAUUUAUUUUUAUAGAGGGCAACUUGAAUGCACAGAGAUACCGUGACGAGAUCCUGAGGCCCAUUGUCGUGCCGUUCAUCCAACAUAUGCAUAUCUGUAUUCCCAGUCAUGUGAAAUCCAUAGAUUAAGCCUUGUGAAUUUAUUUCAAUUGACUGAUUUCCUUACAAUGAACUGUAACUCAGUAAAAUCUUUGAAAUUGUUGCAUGUUGCGUUUAUAUUUUUGUUCAGUGUAGUAACAUAGUUAACAUGGUAAAAUUUGAAUGUAGUUAUUUAAACUAUGAAGUUUCUAAAUCUGUUCCACAUGGCUGUGUUCCCCUUUUCCACAGCUUUUCCAUGUACGUGUUCUAGCUUCAGACUGACUCCUCCGGUCUCUUUCCUCCCCCAGGUUCUACAUGGUUCUGAUCCAGGGCCUCCAGAUCUCCGACUACAUCUGCCGACCGGUGCUGGCCAGCAUCAUCCUCAACUCCUCAGCCCUCUUCUGCUCCGACCUUAAGGGCAUCAAUGUGGUGGUCCCCUACUUCAUCUCAGCUCUGGAGAACAUCCUCCCUGACCGGUGAGGAAUGCACCAUCUAUAUUUGGUGUACUUGCUGAAAGAACACUACUGUUUAUUCCCCAUACUUCUCAUUAUUCUGUACUCUCCUGCGCUGACACCACUUAUACUGCUUAUUAGAAACAAAUAUUACAACAUGAGAAACGGUUCGGGACAAGAUUUGUUACUUUCAGUUCUUCUAUCAGAUGUCUCACGCCGUACACUGAAUGACAGGAUCAAGUCUGUCUAGUAAUUUGUCGACCAGGCCAGUAACGUCUCAGCGCAUUUGCCGUUCUAGUUCGACAUUUAUGCGCUCUGUCACAGUCUGCCAUAGAAAAGUGUCGCUUCCCAGUCAGCACCGCAUUGUUGAGAUUACACAUGGAAAAAGCUAGAAUUGAGCAAUAUGAUUGGCCAUUCAUUCAAACACCACCAUGCGAGUCACAAUUGAAUAAGCAGUACGUGAGUGAGUUGAUGCAUUCAAUACGGCACACAGGAACUGUCCAGACUAGCAAAAAAGAAGUACUCAUCAGUUCACUCGCUGAGCUUAUUUUAGGCAAACUUUCAAUUAUAAACAUAUUAGGAAUAGGCUACAGAAAGACUCCUAGCAUUCUUCUUGGCUACUGUAGAUCAGAUCAUAGAGAUGGAUAGAGGACUCCAGUUCCCAAAAGCCAGUUUUAGCAUGGGCUGAAACCCGUAUGUGUUAAGGAAGGAUCACAUGAUUCCAUCCAGGUCAACAGGAGGCUGGGCUCUAGACUGACCAUUAAGUCGUAUUUUGCGACCCUUUAACUUGAGUUAUUUUUUUUUAAUUGGUCGCAUUCUACAUGGUCACCUCACUCCAAACGUCCUAUUAUUUUAGGAGGCUAAAACCAUGAUUUGGUCAAACAGUAAUGUGCAUUAUCCUUAUGAUUCCUGUAAUGAAAGUCUCUGCCUGCGGCUGUUUCACUCAGGCCUGCUGCUGUGAUGAGAGCCACUCUCUUCCUCUCCCCCGCACUCUGAGAGAAAAAAUGCAUUUGUAGGCUAUAACAGUUAAAUCCAAUUGCGGGAAAAAUACAGCUUUGGAAGCAACUAAUGUUGUCACUGUAUUUCUCAAUAUUUAGCUCUAUAGCAACUAUUUUACCACCAAGAUAUUUGAUUUUGCUUUGAAAUACGGAGCGCGCGAAAUACGCAACGGCCAUUGUGAGUGCAUAGGACUCAUUGGGUAGUAGGCUACAACUGCAAAGUUUUAAGACCUUUCAUUUUCUGUUAGAUUAAUACAUAGCUACCAGCAGUGGGUGUUAUGUUUAACAUUAGCGAUCUAGUUAAUGUGUUUUGAGUUUCCCCUUACUCAUGGUGAAUUGGCCCCAAAUAAAUUACCCUAUGAUAUUGGUGCCCAUAAAGGUAAUUGAACAAAAUAAUAUUCCGAAAAUUCUGGAGCCCUAUUUUAACAGAUAGAGCAAGAUGCGUUUCCAAUGACAUCAUUGGUGUGCAUCGUGUGAUUUUUAACCAAUUAUGAGUAGGCAUUGCCUACUAAUUGUCUACUAAAUGGUUGAUUAUGUCAUUUGAAACACUUAUCUACAAUCUUUUUUACUACAAAACAUUGAAACGUGCUAUUUUCACAUAUGUUGAUGUUAGGGUGGUUCUGGAGAUGAUGGUAUCGUUUUGGUAUCGAGUAUCAUGAUACUUAACCUGGUAUUAGUGUUAAAGCAAAAUCGUGACAUCAUUACUGCUUGUACAGUUGACGCAAGCACACACAUUUUCCUCAGGAAAUGUACCUUGUCUAAUUAGUCUUAUGAUGUUUGAAAGACAGUUCAAGUCAAAUGGUCUUUUUAUUUCUGUGUUAAGGACAUCUGCAUGAAUAAGGAAUGCGGUUUUGACCAGAAUAGACUUGUUUAGCCCUUAGGGUGAAGUAUGCCGCCUUUGUAUGUUUGUCACACAAGGGAAAUGCCCAGAAAUUAACAAACUGUAAAUGCUUAAAACGAGCUCAAAUGUAAAUGUAAGCAAUUGUUUGAGAGUCUUAUCAGUGGACAAUUGAUUGUUGGUUAAACAUGGUAUCUGACUGCUGUAUCUUUUGAAUGUUUGACAUUUGAGUUAACUUAACUUGUUCUUUCCUCCCUCCAGAGAGCUGUCAAAGUUUAAGACCUACGUGAACCCAACUGACCUGAGGAGAGCCUCAAUUAACAUCCUGCUGUCCAUGCUGCCUCUGCCACACCACUUUGGCACGGUCAAGUCAGAGGUAAACCUGUUAAACUCUCUUCUAAUUAAAGGGACAGCACACUUCAAAAACGGAAGUUGUCCGAUAUUUUUCAGAGCUCGUAGUUUUCAAGAUGAUACCGAGUCCCAUCAUACCAUCGGUUGUGUAGAGACCGCUAAUAUGCUUAAUAUCAAACCCAAUUACAUGGAAAAGAUUAGCAUAAAAUUAGGAAAUGAUAUAUCUCUUAUAAAUUAGGAAAUGAUAUAUCUCUUAUACUUAUAUUUAACAUUCAUUUUCGAUUAAGGCCUAUAGAUACAAUAGAUGGACCGGGACUUGGACUUAUCUCAACAUGAAUUUUUUUGUCUUGUUCAGGAUUUCGACUAAACUGUCUGUUUUAGUUAAUCAUUUGCAAUGCCCUGUAGUUCUGAGGUUGCCUAAGUGCAAAGUAAACCUCAUGAAUCAUUUGUAUGUUCCAGGUGCUCUUGGAGGGCAAAUUUAGCAAUGAUGACAACUCGCUGCACGACAAGGCCGUCACCUUCCUCUCCCUCAAGCUGCGAUUGGUCAACAUCCUAAUAGGAGCCCUACAGACGGAGACGGACCCCACCAACACGCAGAUGAUCCUGGGUUAGUUGAUCUCAAUUUUAUCUGCAGCAACAACAACAACAACAACAACAACAACAAAAAUACUUUGAUUGUUUACAAUGAAAAAUGUGUUUAUAAAUGAAAUGUAUUAUUAUUUAUUAAUGUGUAAUUUUAUGUCUUUCUCUUUUUACGUAAUACAGAAUCAAUUAAUAUAAUUCCAUAACUAGAAUGGAAAGACUAAAGGCCUUUUUUCUGUACAGGUGCCAUGCUCAACAUUGUCCAAGACUCUGCUCUCCUGGAGUCCAUCGGUGCCCAAGCGGAGGUGGUAAGACUAUUGUACUCCACGCUGUAGAAACGCUCACUCAACUAGAAAGACGUGUAAAUAAAGCAAACUUAACUACACAUGUAGCUAAGAGAGAUCAUUUAAUAAAAAAUUAUGGUACCUUUAAAUACAGAUUUAUUGAUGACCUCUUGCCAGGUCGCCCCCAUAAAAUAAGUUUCUAACCUUAAGGGUCUUUCCUUGUUAAAUAAAGGAUAUUUUACUCAAACAUAUUUUAGUAUUUUGUUCAUUAGUCCACUGUUUAUCCCCAAAAAUGUUUAAGGGACCUUAUCAAUAGUGGACUAAUGAACAAAAGGCUAAAAUGUUUUUUCUAGUAAAAUAUUCCUUUAAUCAUCUGAGUAGACCAUGACUGCUGAACAUUCUAAUGCCACCCCAAUAGGGCAGUGUGGACGGCAGCCAUGCGCUGGCCAAGAGCCACAGCAGGAACAACAGUGGCAUCAGCAACGCCAGCGGGGGCAGCUCUGAGGCCACCACCCCCGACAGCGAGAGGCCCGCCCAGGCCCUCCUCAGAGACUAUGGUGAGCCCCUUUCGAGAACGCACUCAUGAGCCCUUUUCCAAAAUCCUGACCUGGGUUAAUAUGUUUAAUUGGCACAAGUGUGCCAGGGAAGCUCAAUCAUGCGCACCUGAAGAAUCUUAAAAGGAAACAAAUUACAUUUGGACCUAGGUGUGCCAAAAUCAACCAACCCUCAGCCCUUCCUUGUUAGUAGCUCUGAAGAUGAGGCCUUAGCAAAGUUUCUUAACUAGUGUAACAAGCUAGACGGGCACAAUGUAAAAACAAAAAUGUUUUUAUCGUUUUGUAUGUUGACACUGUGUUUUCACCUUUUUUCAUUCCUGUCAGCCAAGCUUUAAUUGUGUAGUGGACAUAUAUCACGUUGAGUAAAGGUGAUUCCCUGAUUAACCAAAAAAGCAUUAUUAUUUUCAUAUUUGCAGUGAUGCAGUGUCAUUUGAAUGAUACUAUACUACUGUUAUCAGAAUGGAGACAGUUGUGUGUAUUGUCACUUGCAAGCUCUUCUCUCUAUACAGCGUGUGCAACUUGUUCAUAAACAUCUUCUUUAACUGCAUGCGUUAUGGUAUUCAGCAUAUGCAUGUCGUUUUAUGGGAGCUGGAAUAUGAACCAAGACCUGGAGUUGAAUGUCAUUGCAUUUCUUCGAUUCCUCACAUAAUCCUUGCUUGUCUCUUUCUCAAAGCACAUUGGAGUAGAAGAUCUGAGGUUCCGUCCCUAGGAUCUUCUCCUCCAAUGCAUUUUGAGUAGGUGGUAAGGAGAGAGGACAUGAGGAAUCAAGGACAUACAAUUGAGAUUCAUCCCAAGUUAUUCCCACUGACUGGCUGCAAAUAUCUUUUAUAAUAAGUAGAUAAUGGGCAAAUAUGCUGAAAAUCCACAAAAAAUCCACUAAAUGCAGGCUCCCUCUUGUGUGCAGCAUUUGUUCUGCAAUAUCUUAUGUGUUCUCUGACAAGUUUAUUUCAAACAGAAUCUUUGAAAAACUUUGAAAUGUUAACUGUUGCCUUUCAUCUAAAUUUUAACACUUCUAAGCGUCUGAAAGACAAGUGAAACACUUACAUACAACACUAUUUGUUGAUUCUUUGAUUAUUAUUAUUUUUUAUAAAGAUGCAUGUUCUUGGUUGAUAAAAUUGUCCUAGUUUUGGCUACAACUUUAUUGGCAAAAGGAACGUUGGACAUGGUUUAUGCCAGUGUUGGUGUGAAUUCAUGAAUUUAACAUUUUUAAUGAGGAUUUUUAGAUUUCAAUGAGUUGAAAACUGAAUUUGACCCCCAACCCUGGUUUAUACAACCACAAUAUCUAACCUCACACCUACCAAAAAAGCCAUUACUUCAAUUAACAAUGGUUUGGGUGUGCCUGUUUGUCCUCAUACAGUACUGUCGACAUGCCGGUUGCUGUGUGUGUGUACAGGCCUAAGUGUGUGUGUGUGUGUGUGUGUUUCUGAUGCUUAUUAGUUGUGCUCUGCCUGGUCCGGUAGUUACUAACCCCAGCUCUCCUUCUCUGCUCGGGGUAUGGUGUCGUCAUCUGGGGGGGUCAUUUCCCUAGCUCUCCACACAGAUACAGCCGCCGGCCUGCUGAUCCGCAGCAUCCACCUGGUCACCCAGAGGCUCAACUCCCAGUGGAGGCCCGACAUGAGCAUCUCCCUGGCCGCCCUGGAGCUGCUGGCCGGCCUAGCCAAGGUAAGAGCCCCAGGGUCCUGUUCAUUAAGGCAUGCAACAUUUUCAAACAUCUUGCAACGGGAUGAAGAAUGAGUGUUUCUUAUUGGACAAGUCCAGGUAGGUGGAGAUGCGCAUUUCCUUAUGGUUUGCAACAUUUGAAAACGCUUUGCUACGGGAAGAUUCACAUCUCCCUGGCCUCCCUGAAGCUGCUGACGUGCUGGCCUGGCCAAGGUUACGCUGCUAGCACAUAGAGUCAAAUGCAUAUAUCAGUUAUUGUGGUUUGCUCGCUAGCACACUCAGUUGCUCCAAGACAAGGAUGGAAACGUUGUGAAUUACCUAAUUAAAAAUAUUGGUUGGAACCAUUGGUGUGUGGGCCCUACAUCAUAACUACAAGGGCACAGCACUCCAUGACUUGCCAACAUGACUUUCCCAUCUUAGUGAUAGUAUGAGAAACGACAAACAGUAGCCUAUUUAUUUUUAUUUAACCUUUAUUUUAUCAGGGAGUCAUACUGAGACCAAGGUCUCUUUUACAGAAUUACAUAAAUUACAGAAAAUACACACAUCAAUAAAAAAAAAACGCAUUCAUCAGUAAUAAGGUCUUCCUCAGGUGAGGGCGAGUGUGGAGUCUGCGGACCGUAAACGUGCGGUCAGCUCGGUGUGCAGUUAUAUUGUGUAUCAGUGCAGCCGGCCAGCCCCCCUCCACUCCCGAGACCUGCACUCUAUGAUCGUGGCGGCCUUCCAGUGCCUGUGUGUGUGGCUGACGGAGCACCCCGACAUGCUCAACGAAAAGGUAGGGGAACAACAACACCACCUCCUUUCUACCUACAGUACUGAAUAGUACUCUUACUGUUCUGUCCAUCUAAGCAUGGACAGAAGAGUCUCUCUUCACUUUGUCUCUCAUUGAUAUUUCAAUGCAUGACGAAGUGGGAAUUAGACUUAAGGGGAAGUUAGGAUUUACCCCUUGGACUACGCUACUACUAAAUACUAUAGACGCAAAUAUCAACCUUUUGAGUUGUGGGAAGUGUGGGUCAAAUCUCCCCUUUGAAUCAAUCUUCAUUCAAAUGGUCCCAAAUCCUCCAUUAACAUCAUGUCAUGAUUGACUCUUAUAUAGUCAUUAUUCUCUGCCUUAUGAGCUGAGCUCUCUAAAGUCUAAACUCACCUCCCGACUUUUGUGCCAUGCAAUUACAUAGUAUUUUGUUGCAGGACUGUUUGAUAGAGGUGCUGGAGAUUGUGGAGCUGGGCAUAUCAGGCAGUAAGUCUAAGACCGGUGACCAGGAAGUGAGGUACAAAGGGGACAAGGAGCACAAUCCGGCCUCCAUGAGGGUGAAGGAUGCUGCCGAGGCCACCCUGUCAUGGUGAGUGCCACCUGAGAGGAGUAAUGGGAAUGUACAUUUAUGUUUCUUAGGGUAAGAUGCAUUGCCUUUAGCUCUCUCUUAAAAGGGCAAUCUGUGGUUGGUUCUGACUUUUAAAUUAAUGAUAUAAAGCCAUUGAUUCUUGAAGAAUAUAACAUAUCAAUGGAACGUAGAACGCUUUUAUUGGCACACAUUCAACCAAUUUGAUCUAACAAAGUGGAUAUUCUUCAAAUCCGUCAUGAUUUAUGUAUUGUAACAGGCCCACAAUGUGGUUACUAAAGUGCAAAUUUGGAUAUAUUUAGCUGUUUUCACUGCAUAACAUUUAGAAGUUGUCCUUUUCAAGCUUAGAAGAAGUGAAGCUAGUAUAGGGCCCUAUAAAUUCUGCGAUAUGGAGAACGCUGACGGAAUCACUGAACCCAGAUAUUAAAACGGAAUUCAACAAAAAUUUUAAAACGCAUUUGACUUAGUAGGGGAUUGAACUUGGUAACAAAGUUUAUCAUAAGACAUGAACAGAAUGCAUCAGUGAUUCGUAUUUCCGGCAACUUUCUGAAGAGGCAACGAGAAUUCCUUGUCUGUGUAUGUGGGGUGCGCAGGUCUACCACUUUGUGUAGCCGUUAGCGAUGAUGCUAAUGUAAACAGUCUUCUGUUAGAUGGAAAGGCUUUCUCAAAAACCUUCUCAAUUAAAUGUUAAAGGAAAACUCAAUUUAGAUUAAACUGUGUGGGUGUUGUAAACCUUUAAUUCCAGGGUGCACCAGCAUGAGGCUGUUUUUGUUGCAGUGUUUUUGCAUGCAUGUGAUGGUUGAGUUUGCAAAACAAAUACCCACUGGAUUGAUGCAAAUAAUCAUGAUAUUUCUGCCAGGUAAGCAUAGGCUACUUUGUAGUUAAAGGAAAUGUCCUCCCCAAAACUAUCUUGGUAUUUGUUUCAUUAGUGUUGACAUAGUCCCAAAAUGUUUUGUUUGUCAGCAAUCAAGUUUUCAAGACAUGUAACUUUCAAAAUACAGAAAUCAUCCCCGUAUGAUGCAUUUUGCAUCAUACAAAAUGCAUCAUACGGGGAGGAUUUCUGUAUUUUGAAAGUUACAUAUCAAUCCAGUGGGUAUUUGUUUUGCAAACUCUACCCUCAUACAGUGAGGGAAAAAUGUAUUUGAUCCCCUGCUGAUUUUGUACAUUUGCCCACUUACAAAGACAUGAUCAGUCUAUAAUUUUAAUGGUAGGUUUAUUUGAACAGUGAGAGACAGAAUAACAACAAAAAAAUCCAGAAAAACACAUGUCAAAAAUGUUAUAAAUUUGCAUUUUAAUGAGGGAAAUAAGUAUUUUACCCCCUCUCAGUCAGAAAGAUUUCUGGCUCCCAGGUGUCUUUUAUACAGGUAACGAGCUGAGAUUAGGAGCACACUCUUAAAGGGAGUGCUCCUAAUCUCACUUUGUUACCUGUAUAAAAGAGACCUGUCCACAGAAGCAAUCAAUCAAUCAGAUUCCAAACUCUCCACCAUGGCCAAGACCAACGAGCUCUCCAAGGAUGUCAGGGACAAGAUUGUAGACCUACACAAGGCUGGAAUGGGCUACAAGACCAUCGCCAAGCAGCUUGGUGAGAAGGUGACAACAGUUGGUGCGAUUAUUCGCAAAUGGAAGAAACACAAAAGACCUGUCAAUCUCCCUCGGCCUGGGGCUCCAUGCAAGAUCUCACCUCGUGGAGUUGCAAUGAUCAUGAGAACGGUGAGGAAUCAGUCCAGAACUACACGGGAGGAUCUUGUCAAGCUGGGACCAUAGUCACCAAGAAAACAAUAGGUAACACACUACGCCGUGAAGGACUGAAAUCCUGCAGCGCCCACAAGGUCCCCCUGCUCAAGAAAGCACAUAUACAGGGCCGUCUGAAGUUUGCCAAUGAACAUCUGAAUGAUUCAGAGGAGAACUGGGUGGAAGUGUUGUGGUCAGGUGAGAUCAAAAUCGAGCUCUUUGUCAUCAACUCAACUCGCCGUGUUUGGAGGAGGAGGAAUACUGCCUAUGACCCCAAGAACACCAUCCCCACCGUCAAACAUGGAGGUGGAAACAUUAUGCUUUGGGGGUGUUUUUCUGCUAAGGGGACAGGACAACUUCACAGCAUCAAAGGGACGAUGGACGGGGCCAUGUUACGUCAAAUCUUGGGUGAGAACCUCCUUCCCUCAGCCAGGGCAUUGAAAAUGGGUCGUGGAUGGGUAUUCCAGCAUGACAAUGACCCAAAACACACGGCCAAGGCAACAAAGGAGUGGCUCAAGAAGAAGCACAUUAAGGUCCUGGAGUGGCCUAGCCAGUCUCCAGACUUUAAUCCCAUAGAAAAUCUGUGGAGGGAGCUGAAGGUUCGAGUUGCCAAACGUCAGCCUCGAAACCUUAAUGACUUGGAGAAGAUCUACAAAGAGGAGUGGGACAAAAUCCCUCCUGAGAUGUGUGCAAACCUGGUGGCCGACUACAAGAAACGUCUGACCUCUGAUUGCCAACGGGUUUUGCCACCAAGUUCUAUGUCAUGUUUUGCAGAGGGGUCACAUACUUAUUUCCCUCAUGAAAAAUGCAAAUUAAUUUAUAACAUUUUUGACAUUUUUUUGUUAUUCUGUCUCUCUUAUUUUUUUUUAUAAACCUACCAUUAAAAUUAUAGACUGAUCAUGUCUUUGUCAGUGGGCAAACGUACAAAAUCAGCAGGGGAUCAAAAACUAUUUUCCCCUCACUGUGGGCAAGGGAGCAGAAGGUUCGGUCCCCCAUAGUACGAAGAUGUGUCUUGGGGACACUUGUCUUUACCACAUGUAUAGCCCAAAACAUGUUUUAAAAUAUACGUUUGAUCUCAUGGAUGAUCACUCCUUUCAUCCAUAGCUCUGUCUAUGAAUUUGAGUGGUUACAUUUCUCCAGCCCCAUCCCUCAGCUGUUUAGCAAAACCACUUUGUUGCUGAUUGCCCUUUACACUCGUACCUGUAUAUGGGUUGAAAAGAGCCUAAAUGGCGCUUAUCAGUGCUAUGCCAUCAGUGCUGUGCUAUGCCAUGCUAUGACCUCACAGCUCCCUGUCUCCGCUUCACAGCUCUGUAUCGGUGUUGACAUCCCUCCUGCUAAUUGGGCAACUUUUGAAAUUGUUUUGUUGUCUAAGUGAGGGAAAUGCUGUAAAUUAAAAGGACUCAAUGUAUUUUGAAAGAUGAAAUGUUAAUGAAUUAUAAUAACUACCGCUUUGAUGUGCACUUCACAUUUCCAUAUCAUAAAACGCAUGUAAUAUACACACCGUGUUCAGUUUAUUAGGUACACCUCCCCGUUAAUUAAAAUGGUUCGCUGCUUCAGACAGUGAGUCACAUGGCCGGGGCUUGGUAUUUCAAGCAGGCAGACAGGCAUCGAGGCAUUCAGUUACUGUUCGAUUGAACGUUAGAAUGGGCAAAACGAGUGACCUAAGCAACAUUGAUCAUGGUGUGAUUGUCGGUGCCAGGCGCACCGGUUCCAGUAACUCAGAAACGGCCGGCCUCCUGGGCUUUUCACACACGACAGUGUCUAGGGUUUACUGAUAAUGGUGCGACAAACAAAAAACAUCUAGUCCGCAGCAGUCCUGUGGAUGAAAACAGCUCGUUGAUGAGAGGUUGAAGGAUAUGGCAAGAAUCGUGCAAUCUAACAGGCGGGCCACAAACAGGCAAAUAACGGCGCAGUACAACAGUGGUGUGCAGAAUGGCAUAGGAAAUCAUAACUCGUCGGUCCUUGUCACGGAUGGGCGAUUGCAGCAGACGACCACACCGGGUUCCACUCCUAUCAGCUAAAAACAAGAAGCGACUGGACAACUGAGGAGUGGAAAAACAUUGCCUGGUCCGACGAAUCCGGGUUCAUGUUGCAUCAUGCUGAUGGCAGAGUCAGGGUGAGUCCAUGGCCCCAUCCUGCCUGGUGUCAACAGUACAAGCUGGUGGCGUAAUGGCGUAGGGAAUGUUUUCCUGGCACAUUAGGUCCCUUGAUACCAAUUGAGCAACGUUUCCAUGCCCUGAAGAAUUCAGGCUGUUCUGGAGGCAAAGGGGGGUCCGACCCGGUACUAGAUGGGCAUACCUAAUAAAAUGGCCACUGAGUGUACAGUGUCAACGUUUAUGAGCAUUAUGUUUGAUGUACAGUUACAAGAUGACAUGGCGUUAUACCCUGGGUUGUCCUAAACAGAAUGAGCCUAUGUUUGUUGUAUUGUGAAGAAAUCGGACCACACAUCUGAAUGCACUCGUGAAUGCAUUCUAUGCGCACCAAAAUUACGAUCUGCUUCUCUGAAUUGCCUUGUGAAAGCCUAACACUGUACGAUUGUAUUUUAUAAUUUAGCUAGUCAUGUUGGCAACAGAACAUGCUUUCUAAUGAUGCCCACCUGACCCAGACUGCGAUUUAUAAUGGACCGUAAUUCUUUGAGUCAUAAGAGUUCAUUGAAAUGACUUAGGAACUUUGCACACUUUGGAGAGGUGUGUGGCCACUUGGAGACACCCGUUAGUCCUCUCCCUCUUAUGUUGCAACUACCCCACAUUUUCCUGGAAUAUACUUACGUUACUGAAUGUAUCCAGAGUAUUUUCAGAUUUCAUCAUCAACAAAUGAGGCUAAAAGUACAGUAAAUGUUAAAUGCACAUAAAAUCAACAGUGUAAUGUUUGGAUUCAGGUGAACUGUUGCCCUCAACUUUGGUCUUAAUAAUUUUCCCAUAAUCUCCAAAUUGUUCCCUUUUAAUUGCUACCAUGGUUAUGCAUAUGCUUGCCAAUGUUUCUGUAAGAAACAUUUCAAUUUAGCCCCCCUAUCUAUAUAGGCCAAUUCCCACAAGUGUAAAGGGUUAACUACAUUUUACAUUUUAGUCAUUUAGCAGAUGCUCUUAUCCAGAGCGACUUACAGUUAGUGAGUGCACUAAACAACAAAAUGGCAGCCCCACUAGGGCUGUGGCGGUCAUGAAAUGUUGUCCGUUGGUGAUUGUCAAGCAAAAUAACUGCCGGUCUCAUGGUAAUUGACCGUUAAUUAACAUAAACACGUUUAGCAUCGCCUACAGGCCACUGAUGCAGAUCUUUGGAACGUCUACAUUUUGAAAAGUCAAAUAAAUCCAUUUAAUGUAGCCGACAUCAUCACAAUAAAUCCAUUAUUUAUUUUAGAUAGGUCUACAGAUACAUUAUAUGAAGAAAAUCUAGUCUGUUUCAGAAGAACAAAAUAGCAUACUCUGAGUUGUCCUUAUGUUAGGUCCUGAUCUGGCUAUGCCAUGUGGCUGUGGGCUACACUAGCAGACAAGAUUUGCUUAGAAUUCCGUGGUAUUAUUUUAUAGUAUGAACAAUACAAUUGAACAUAGCUGAAUAAACUAGAAAGGAUAUUUCCUCCAAACGAUUUCCAAGGAAGUACGCACAUGUAGUUAUUCUGUGUUGAGCAGUUAACAAAUGAGCAGUUAACAAAGAAACAGUUCCUCCUAUAUGCUUAAUUUAGAGUUAUUUAUGCAACUUUAGUUAUGAUACAAACAUUUUGAUAUAUGUUUUGAUUUUUAAUACAGUCUAAGGCUGCAUGAUGCGACUAAUGAUGAUUUUUUAAAAGUCGCAUGAAAGGCAUGAGCUCUGAUUUUGUUUCUUGUGUAGGCUGUACACACUUCAUCAGUCUCUCAUUCACAAUUUGACAAGCACUUGAUAAUAUUCUAACCAGUCCUCAAAUUUCCCAGCGGCAUCCCCCUUGUGUGGCCGUAAUGCCCCCUAUUAUAAAGGUGCAUUUUGCGGCCAAAGUGGCCAUUGUGCCCUUGGGCAGAAUAUAAUAAUUCUAAUUCCCCUCUCCCGGCUGGUGUGCUCCGAAGCACCUCUCACUCACAUGGCUCUCUCAGAUAUCUACAUUCUUAUUAGCCAAUGCAUGUCACAUGAUCGGGUCCUUCUCAAAGCUAAGAAGUAGGCUAUAAGUGAAGACCAACACAUUGGGGAUGCAACUGCGCACGUCCCUCUUAUCAAAUUCCGAGGCGAACAGCACUAGCUUAUGUCAAUCUUUACUGAACAAAAAGAUAAAGGCAACAAUUUUAACGAUUUUACUGAGUUACAAUUCAUAUAAGAAAAUCAGUAAAUUGAAAUAAAUUCAUUAGGCCCUAAUCUAUGGAUUUCACAUGGCUUGGCAUAGGCCCACGCACUUGGGAGCCAGGCCCACCCACUGGGGAGCCAGGCCCAGCCAAUCAGAAUUAGGUUUUCCCCACAAAAGGGCUUUAUUACAGCAAGAAUUACUCCUCAGUUUCAUCAGCUGUCCGGGUGGCUGGUCUCAGACGAUCCCGCAGGUAAAGAAGCCGGAUGUGGAAGUCCUGGCGUGGUUACACGUGGUCUGUGGUUGUGAGGCCGGUUGGACGUACUGCCACCCACCCAGAUGUAACCACUAUCAAAUUCAUAGACCGAGCUAUGGAUGCAAAGACCAUGUUUUGAAGCUAUCAAGUCUUUGUUUACAAUUACACUGUUUGCGAACAAUGAAUAAAAACAAGCUUUAUAUUUUGGGUUCUGGUGGGGUAAGACAGUUGAACUAAGCUCAUGGGGCAUUUAUAAGUUAUAUUUUUUUCAAGAAUCUAUGGCUAUAUAUUAUUAAUUUAAAAGUCCAAAAAUGAAUGUACCAAUUGCAGACUGUAGCUUUUAAAUUAGUUUCAACCAUUUUACCUGUCAGUAUUUAUGGAUAAUUCCCCAAAAUGUAAUUUGACCUAUCUUGUAUUCUUAUCCGCUUAGUUCAGAGUUGCCAUUUUUAUUCAUACUCAUACAAUUCUGCUUUUGAAAUGUUUUAUAGCGGGGAUUCCUGCCUCGUAUAUAUUUUGUCUUUUGAAUGCACAGCACCUCUGGAGUCACUCCUCAUCCCCUGUCUUUGCUGUCCCUGUCAGCAUAAUGCAGGUCCUGGGGGCGUUCCCGUCACCCAGUGGCCCCGCCUCCCCCUGCAGCCUGCUGAACGAGGACACCCUGAUCAAGUACUCCAGGCUGACCUCUACCAGCCGCAAGAACUUCCGCUACUUCGUCCUAGACAACUCGGUCAUCCUGGCCAUGCUGGAGCAGCCGCUGGGCAACGAACAGAGUCAGUUAGCCUUCAUAUGUUAUCCCAGAACCAUUUUUGACAGUCAUCAUCCACACGUUAUCAGUCAUCAUCCUCACGUUAUCAGUCAUCAUCCUCACGGUAUCAUCCUCAUAUUUAUUCAAAUGUUAAAUGUUUAAAAGUGUUUUGCACUAUAAAACGAAAAUUGGCGUUUCUCAUUGGACAAUGUCUUCUUCCGUUUUGUGCCUAAUGAACACAACCCUGUUGACCUGGUUGCCUUGUGUGUUGGUGUGUGUGUGUGUCUCAGCAGAUCCCUGUCCGUCCGUGACCAUGUUAAUCAGGGGGAUGUCUGGGAGACACGCCUGGACCAUGCAGCUCUUCCACCAGCCCAGGGGGGCCCGUGCCAGCCAGAAGGUAACACACACACCUUAGUUAACCCUUUAUAUGAAUUAUGUUGAUAUGUUUCAGCACAUUUCUAUUAGUGUCAAGGUUCACAUUGACGUCUUAUUAACUAGCAACUCCAUUGUUAGGAAGCAGGUUUUUUCACAUUGCUGUAAUGAACAAAUGAUCUCUAAUCUCAUUCAAAGUUAAUGAUUGCUGGUGCCAGAUCUAUUUUGAAAAAAAUUCUGCAUCAGGGCAUUGACAUUCAUCAGAUGCUUAUCGUAGACCUUUAACAAUGCUAAAUGAUCAUAUGUCAGUUCAUGUUUCUUGCUGAGUCUUCCCAGUUCCUUUCCCAGGGGUCUGUAUCUCAUCAGAAGUAUCUCCCUCUCCCCCCCCCCUUCUCUCUGUCUCUCUCACUCCUCUCUGUAGCAGGUAUUUCUCCCAGAGAGUCGACCCACUCCUAAAAAUGAUGUGGGGAUCCGGUUAAACGUCAAACACAGACCCUUCCCGGAAGAAGUGGACAAAAUUCCUUUUGUGAAAGCAGACCUGAGCAUUCCGGACCUACACGAUAUCCUAGAUAAGGAGGUAGGCUAGCAUCGUUUGUCCAUCCUUAUUAGAAUCAUGUUGUCUCCAUCGCCCUAAUGAGCAUUGUAUUGUAGAGUAGAGAUGGUGUUUGCAUCAGCCCUUGCUUGUAUUUACAAAGCGACUCAAAAUAGGAGUGCUUAUCUAGAAUCAGGUUCCCCCUGUUAUUCGUUAUUUCGUAAAAACCGAUCUAAGAUCAGCACUCCUACUCUGAGACGAUUUAUGAAUAUGGCCCCCAGAUGGGACCAUUUGCACAAUUAGCACAAAUAUUAAACAAAAUGUAGGCUAACUUUUGAUUUUUUCAUUCUCUGUGAACUCAUCCAUGAACGAACCAUCAACGCAGACAAACCUUCCCAAAACCCCACUAUGACUGUGGGAGCGAAAGUUGUUGUUAUUGGGUGCGCACUGUAUUGGUUUUGUGAGAGUUUGUUGGGGGUUUUGGGAAGGUUUGUCUGCGUUGAUGGUUCGUUCAUGUCAGGUGAGUGUUUGGUGUUUUGUGAGGUGCUUUGAGGAGGGGAUUGUCUGUGGAUGGGUGCAUUUCUGUGGAUGUAUACAAUGCCACAUGCCAGCAAUGCAAUGGCACAAUUUUUUACUACUAUUUUUCAUUGCUACUAUAAGAUGAAGAUCUGAAUGAGCAACAGCCAUAGGAUCCCCUCCACUGACCUUUGGCACAGAUCUAUGACCAGCCACUUCUAAUCAUAACCAUUUUUAGAGGGUGAAAAAUGCAAAACUGACCUUAGAUCAGUGUCAAGGGGCGAUACCAUUAUCCAUUCCUCACUCUCAGCUGGAGAUGCAGCACGACAAGCUGCGAGGCGUGAUGGCCAAGCAGAUCGAGUACGAGACGACGCUGGAGCACAGCAGCGAGGAGCGCUGGGGCAACAAGAGCUUCCCAGACUCGCUGACGGACUGCAAGCCCCCGUCUCCCUCGCAGGAGUUCCAGACGGCACGCCUCUUCCUGUCGCACUUUGGCUUCCUGUCACUGGAGGCACUCAAGGUACUGGGGAAAGAGAGGGGAGGAGGGGGAGAGGAGAGGUUUUAAAAAAGCGACUGCCUUUAAAAAGCAACGAAUCCCUUUGAAAACAGCCUAUGUGGCAUCGAUAUGAGUCAGAAACGGUUAGUUAUUCUAGUGUCAUAACUGACUACAAAGUGUAAAUAUGAUAAUUCUGAUGUCCAUUUGCCCACUAACAUGGGGUGAACAGCUGCGGUGAUUGCGCUUUAUCCAAUAGCAUAAACGGUGCGACAGACCUGCUCAAGGGCGCCGACUGUUUACAUAAGACAACACGGCGCACAAUACUGCACCAAACACCUUAGUUAGAUGUAAAAUUGCGCAACUAAAACAUCCCCGGCAAAAACUUCUAAAUUAAUUACAGAUUUCUUGAGUUAUCUUCAAUUCAUUCUGGGGCUCUUUUAAUGGAUUUAAAGGGAUGUACAUGUGUAGUGGAACUAGGGAUGUAACGGUUCACCGAUACGCAUCAUCCCCGGUUCAAAUGUUUAAGAUACAAGUGCAUCGGUCCGCGGGAGCCCAAACCGAUCCAAAUGAAUAAUGCAUCAGUCAGAAAACCGAUUCAAACGUUAGGAAUUGACCGUUCACUAAUGUUUUUUACUCGUAUAGUUUUAUUACGAAAAUACCUCUUAUCUGAUGUGACAGAAUUUAUGCAUCCUCUGCUACAGUAGCCUAUCAAACUUAUUUUCUUUUUACACAACCAACUGCUGAUUUGGUGUUUUCAAUCAUUCCGAUUUUAAUUACAUUGUUCAGGUUCACCAAUAGUUUUGGUAGUUCUGCUUUAAACAGUCAGUUUAUUUGGUCAUUUUUACAUGAACAGGGUAAUUUCAUAAAGGACAUCAAUCAUUUUUGCGAGCUGUGCAAAAUACCAAACGGUCUAAACAAUUUCGCUUUUGAGAUGGGGGUAAAAUCCAGUUGCAUUAUAUUAAUUGGCUAAAUGUCAUGAUCAUUUCUAAAGAUAAAUAUUGACAUAGUACUAGGUCAAAACUUUUUUUUUUUUAUCUGCAAAAUGACAAGUUAAUCAGUGGGUGACAGUGAUUUCACAUAAAAAGUGAGGGACUAGUAGGGUGGUACAUGCUCAGCCUGCUCUAUGACUCAGCUUAGGUGUCCACACACACACACACACACACUCUAACAGAGGGCCACUCAGCUUAGAGAAGUCAUCUAAGACAUGGCUCUCUGAUAUCUACAUUCUUAUUAGCCAAUGCCUGUCACAUGAUCGGGUCCUUCUCACAGCUAAGAAGUAGGCUAUAAGUGAAGACCAACACAUUGGGGACGCAACUGCGCACGUCCCUCUUAAAGAAUUCCGAGGUGCAUAUUGAAGAUGUUAGAAGAACUGUCCACAUUUAGCCUAUUUUUCGUCAGCUAAUUAGGAGUAAGCCUAACGAACAGCACUAGCUUAUGUCAAUCUUUACUGAACAAAAAUAUACAUGCAAAAUGCAACAAUUUCAAUGUUUUUACGGAGUUACAGUUCAUAUAAGGAAAUCAGUCAAUUGAAAUAAAUAAAUUAGGCCCUAAUCUAAUGACUGAACAGGGACGCAGCCAUGGGUGGUCCUGGGAGAGCAUAGGCCCACCCACUGGGGAGCCAGGCCCAGCCAAUCAGAAUUAGUUUUUCCCCUCAAAAGGGGUUUAUUACAGACAGAAAUACUCCUCAGUUUCAUCAGCUGUUCGGGUGGCUGGUCUCAGACGAUCCCGCAGGUAAAGAAGCCGAAUGUGGAGGUCCUGGACUGGCGUGGUUACUCGUGGUCUGCGGUUGUGAGACCGGUUGGAUGUACUUCCAAAUUCUCUAAAACAACAUUGGAGGAAAAACAAAUUAAUGUAGGAGAAUAUAACACAUUAGAUCUGGUAAAAGAUAAUAUAAAACAAAAAAACAUGCGUUUUCUAUUAAGAAAAUGGUUCCAUCAUCUUUGAAAUGCAAGAGAAAGGCCACAAUAUCAUAUUGCAGUUUAGGAGCAAUUUAGAUUUGGGCCACUAGAUGGCAGCAGUGUGUGCAAAGCUUCAGAUUGAUCCAGUGAAGCAUUGCAAUACUGGACUAUUUUGUAUGAAGUCUGCCCAAAUGUGCCGAAUUGGUGAAUUGAUACAUUUUCAAGUACAUAGCUAUAAAGAACAUACAAAAAUGAUAUGGUAAUACAAAAUGUAAGUUUACACACUCCCAGGAAUGUCAUACAGGAUCAUUAGCUUAUACACUAACUUUCACACAUCUAGAUAGCCGGGCGGGGUGGGUGUGGAGCCAGACAGCAGGGGUUCAAACUGUAGAACCCAGUUCCUACAUUUGAAAAUAAAAAUUGAUUUUAUUAAACAAAACGAUGCUACAUUUUAUCUCUGGGACCCUUAGGAUGACAAAUCAGAGCAAGAUUACUGAAUGUACGUACAUUAUUUACCGUCAGAGGUGAAUGUAUCAAACCAGUUGCCGUGAUAAGUUUUUUGUUGUUGUGCACUCUCCUCAAACAAAAUAAUGUAAUUUUUUCACUGUAAUAGCUACUGUAAAUUGGACAGUGCAGUUAGAUUAACAAUAAUUAAAGCUUUCUGCACAUAUAAGACAUGUCUAUGUCCUGAAAAGUUUGCUGUUACUUACAACAGUCAUGCUAAUCACAUUAGCGCACGUUAGCUCAACCGUCCUGUAUACGGGACACCGAUCCUGUAGAGGUUAAUCAGCUUCUUGAUAUGCCACACCUGUCAGGUGGAUGGAUUAUCUUGGCUAAGGAGAAAUGGUCACUAACAGGGAUGUAAACAAAUUUGUGCACAACAUUUGAGAUAAAUAAGCUUUUUGUGCUUAUGGACCAUUUCUGGGAUUUUGUAUUUCAGCUCUUAAAACAUGGGACCAACACUUUUUAAAUGUUGCGUUUAUAUUUUUGUUCAGUGUAUAUCAACUAGAAAGUAUGCAAUCAAUAAAUGACUAUAUUUAUUCAGUUAAAACAUCAUUUCAGACAGAAAACUCACAUCUUAGUUUAACCAUUUAUUAGAAAAUAGAUGACAAUGCAUUUGGUCUUGGCGUUAGGCUCUGUUCCUUCAGGGGAGCUCGCUGCCAGAGCAAUGCGUCAAUUACUGCCAUUAUAAUCAACUACAGGCAGUGAGCAAGAUACCAAUCCUCCUGAUGGGAACAAAAAGCAGAACCAAACAGGUGGAAGCUGGGGUGGUGGAGGGCUAGCCAAAAACAGACGACGCAUAACUGGUGGCAGCAAUGUUACAGCAGCAGUGAUAUUAAGCAUCCAAGAAAAGCGGAUUGCAUAGCUUAGCGCAGCAGCAAGGCAACAGCAGAGGAUGUGGGUGCAGAACUGGUCAACUUAAAUAGAACGCCAUAUUAAGGUGAAUCCGAUUGGUGCAAUCUCAGCUUAUGUUAAUUUAGCUUAUUUUGAUCCUAUGUGUUAUCACCAAGUAGCAAAUUAUAGUUAACCAAAUACAGCAGUUAAACCGGCCAAUUCAUGUGUAAAGUCAUUUUAGGGUUGCAUUGGCUGAUGAACCAGCCAAUCACAUUUAACUUUGUUUCCUGCCCUCCAGGAGCCCGGCAACAGUCGCCUACCUCCCCACCUGAUUGCACUGGACUCUGGGUUGCCGGGCUUCUUUGACGACAUGAGCUACCUGGACCUGCUGCCCUGCCGGCCCUGUGACACCGUCUUCCUCUUCUACAUGAAGGCCGGCCAGAAGAGCAGCCAGGAGGUGAUAGGUUUAAAUGGAGGGUGUCAACAGGGUUGUGUUCAGUAGGAACAAAACAGAAGAAAAAGGUCAAACUUGUUUUCCAUUGCUACGUUUAAACUGUUUGCUACGGUGUGCCCUAAUGAACACAGCACAGGAGUUAUGGACCGGUGCUAAAGUCUUGAUUGAUUAACUUCUUACAUGCCCUGAUAUUAUAGUCUAUUUUCUCUGACAUUCCUUCUAGACAGUUACGCUAAACUAUUCUAAAAUGGUUGAAAAAACGUUUAGGUGCCAGAGUCUGGUCUAUUGGUAGAUCUGCAGACUCCCUGUCUCAUUUCAAACCUAUCUAUUAAAAAAACCAGCAAAAUACAACUGCAAUUGACCACAAACUUUUACAAUCCAAAACCAUUUACUCCUCUGUUAAUGGACUGUCUGUCACUGUGUCCCAUGCAUAGAGUUAGUUAGAGAAAUCAUCUUUGUACCUGCCCCAUAAUGGCGUCUGUGAAAGCACAGGCCGCACCAUUGAGUCUUAUCUCCUUUUUAAAGUAGUCAAUUUUCUUAUUUUUUUUGUGUUUGAAAAAAGUUGUAAAGCUAAUAUUGGUGAUUUACAGCCAUCUGCAGUGCUGGAGUCCUGAACUAAAAUCUUGUCAUUCAUUUAUUGUGGCCACUAGAUGGUGGUGAUAUAGUUUCAAGCCAUUUACAAACCAUAGCAUCCAAUUUGAAUAAGACAAUGCUCUGAUCAUUGGCUGAUCACUCCCAACCCAUAGGAGUCCCCACCCAGUUGACUACUUCAAAAUGGUGGACGCUCUCAAUGGCAAUGUCCAUGCAAAAACAGGUUAUAUCCAUGAUGAUUCCUCUAACUAACUAUCUACGGUCCUAUGCCAGAUCCUGAGAAACGUGGAGUCAAGCUCCAACGUGCAGCAUCACUUCCUGGAGUUCCUGAUGUCACUGGGCUGGCCUGUGGAGGUGGGGCAGCACCCGGGCUGGACGGGCAGCGUCUACACCAGCUGGUCCAUCAACAACAACAACAACAACAACAACAACAGCAACAAUAAUGGAGACAGCAGCCCACCAGGUGAGAGAGAGAGGGAGGGAGGAGAGAGCAUUAUCAUGCCAACCUGAGAAUAUAUAUAUAUAUAUAUAUUUUUACAGUAUUAAGUAGGAAUGGGCACGGUUGAUAGAAUAUCCGGAUAUCUGAACAGACGUUAGUAUACGAUUACUUACGAGAGUAUUCAUUUGUAUUUUUUUGAUUAAUUAUAGGCCUAUUUUAACAAUGAAAAGGCUUUACCUGAAUUAAAUACAAUUAUUAAUGUGACAUUGCUACAUAUAAGUUUACCAUGACAUUUGACAUUGCUAAUUUAAUAAAACAACAAACUUUUGAAUGUAGUUUUUAUGACAUGCGCCCCAUAAAAUACAUACCGGUAACCAGCACAUCACACAUUUCACACGUGUAUUUUGUUGUUAUUGUUGGGCAAUCAAAGUGGCACUAAAGCAGUGUUCACAUUGGCAGUUUAAAGUGACUCAAGUCCUAUUUAUUUGCAUAUCCGAUUCGAAUCUGUUAUUUUUCCUGCAGUCUGAAUAGCCAAAAAAGCACAUGGAAUCUGAUAUUUAAAGCCACAUUUCAUACCACCUUAGUAGGUGGUUUGAAGUAUGAUACAAAUCUGAUUCUGGCCAUGAGACUUGUCUGAACGGUCAAAUCAGAUUUAUUUGCCCUCAAGUGGUUUUUGGAUUUGUUAUUUGGCAUAUCUUGUUGCUUGCUAGCUACUCUGUUGACAGUUUGACAAGAACAUGUGGUAGCUAACUUGCUUGUUAAUUGUUUACAAACAAAUUAGUGAAUGUGCUAGAAAGCUAAACGGCUACCUAGCUAGCCAGUUACUGUUGUGGCUAGCCAAAAAGGACUUGUUUUGAAAGUUGGAUAAUCUUAUCCUUUUGAGGCUUUGAAAGUGUUCUUACCCUAUGAUUUUUAACAUUCAAAGCAUCUGGGAAACGUCCAUCACAGGCAUUGUUUUGACCUUAGCUUGCUACACAACUUCUGAGUGAUAGGAAGCACAAGCACCACCACCAAUCUGCCUACACCCCUGCACACACACCCGUCGUUACUAUGACAACAAAUGUUGCAUUGUCAGCAAAUGACUGAGGUCUGAACACAAACACAUCCGAUUUGGUCACUUGUAACUUGCUGUUUGGACAGUCAGUAGUCCAAAAUGGAUUUGAAAAAGAAAACUGUGUGAACAAGGCUUAACAGUCAGAGACUCCAUAUGUAGCCUGGCAGAUGAAGUGAGAUAUUUCUAAUCAAUGCAAAAUGGAAUUAAAAUUGUGGAAUUAAGUUACCUUCAACAGGUACUGUUGUUUAAAAUUAAUGGAGUUGUUGUAGAAAUGGACGGGAUGCCUAGCAAAAUAGCUUCAAUUAGCCUUGCUCGCUAGCUAGUUCGCUAACUUAGCUGGCUAGCGUAGAUCUUUUCUUGACAUCGAUUUGAUGCAGUCAAGACAGGCACUACCAGAUGGUAUAGAUAUGGCCGCAAAAAGUUUGUCUAACUAGCGCAAGUAUGGCUACUUUCUCUCUCUCCCUCCCUCUUCACACAUGGGCACCUGCCCUUCACCCGUCCUGCUGCUCAAGCAGAGCGGCAUCCUCUCUGCUGAGUCACGCAGCAAACACAUCUUUUUUUCUCACGUGUGUAUUCGGAAAAACGUUCAUGGUCUUAUUUGAAUAGUGAAAAUAUUUCAAAUGCCCAUCCCUAGUAGUAAAGAAGUUCCUCUCUGUCCCCACAGAUGAUACUGUCACCCUGGGAGACACGGGCGGGGGCGUGUUCAAUGGAGAGAAGCAGGUGCUGUACUAUGCCGACGCCCUGACCGAGAUCGCCUUUGUCGUUCCCUCGCUCACAGACUCCUCCGGUGGGCCUUGUCCCUUUCUCCCAUCUUUCUCUAUUAUUUUCUCUCCUGUACUCCUCAUCUAUCUCUCCCUUCUUCUUUUCUCUCCUCCACUCCUAAUCUGUUUUUGUUGUUGUUGUUGGGGGGAGAUCAGCUAUGAAACUAGCAGACAGAUUAGUCUAUAAAAUGACAAUUUCUGAUCCCUGGGUUAGAGGACCUGGUGGAAAACAUUCAAAUUCAAUAUAUAUACAAAUAGCCUCCUAUUUUUACUGGACUAGUGCAUCGUCAAAUCAACCAAUCCCUCUAAUCUUAAUUCCACCCCUCAGAUAUCCACAGACUAAACCAUCUUUCCCAGUAUUGCCAUUUCACUAUUUCCUUUUGCAAUACAUCCUUCUAUUUUACUGUGAUGUCUUACGAGGGUCUUGAACCUCUCUAUUUGUACUAUUUCUACCGAGAUUGCCCUAAAUAUAAAUACUUUACCUAAGAAUAUAAUCAUGUUUCCCAUUUGAUUGAUGGUCGUUUUUCAGAUCUCCUAACAGUAAUGUUUGUAAGUCCAUCUGAACACAGACAUUAUGACUCAACAACCACUUCUGGACCUGACUCCAAAAGCGAGCCACCGAAGGACAGUACCAAAAGAGAUGAUCUAUUGAUUCUGUUUCUUCAUUGCAGAGUCUGCACAGGGCUGACUGUUUAAUCCCCCAUAUAUUGAGCUUUAUUUUUGUGGGGAGAAUUUUAGAUAAUAGUUUAAAUUGAAAAGAACGGAUUGAUGCGCCAAAUGUUGUUUUGUUUAUCAGUUCAUAAACCUGAUGCCAUGGUUUUGGGACAUCAAAAAUAUCUUCCCAACUAUCUUUCAUUUUAUGCGGAAUAAACCUCUGAACCUAAAUGAAACUAAAAACUCCUCGUCUCUCUUUAUCUUAACCUUUCUCUCCAUUCUCCUCAUCUCGCUCUCCCAUCUUCCUGUCUUCUUUUCUCUCUUUAUUGAUUUCCUCUCAUUUGUUCAACAAAUGUUCUUUAGAGCUUUGUAAUUGCAUUAGAAAGUCAUUGAGCAGGGGUGGAUUCAUUAGGCACCAAACAGAAGAAAAUGGACUGAAACAGGGAGGGACUAUCUGUCCAAUUAGAAAGCCUCAUCUUUUUUUCUGUUGUAAAACAUUUAGCCACAUUAUGCCGUGACUGAUGGCGUGGGUUUAUCUAUGGUGUGUCUCAAAUGUCACCCUAUUCCCUAUAUAGUGCACUACUUUUGACCAAAACCCUGGUCAAAAGUAGUGCACUAAUGUUAUAUAGGGGCCCUGGUCAUCUAGGGAAUAGGGUGCCGUUUGGGAUGCAGACUAUAUGUGUGUUCUCACUUGUCUUUGUGUUGUUCCUAUAGCGGAGUCGUCAGAGAGCAGUUUCCCCACGGGGGACUCUGACUCUCAGAUGGAACUGCUGCCCAGCCUGCUGAAACAGUCCAACCUCACACUGGAGCUCUUCCCCAACCACUCGGACAACGUGGCCCCCGCACAGAGGGUAAGAUGAACCGCAAACCAUUAUAAGGGACACUUCAUCAUUUUUUUAAACAAUAUUAUUAUUAUCUCCAACAACAUACCAGUGUCUACAUAUGUGAAAAUAUAUGUAGGUUAAAAAGUGGUGAAGUGCCCCUUAAGAAUACAAGUAUUCUAUUUCUCAGUCAGACCCACCUGAUCAAAGCCCAAAUCCCACCUAAACCUGAACCCUACCCCAGUGUUAUUUCAUUCUGCUCCUGGAUUGCCAAAACAACCCUAACUUCUGGUUUUCAUUCUCACCUUCUGAAUAGGGACGCUGUGCCUUUUCCAACGGACAGCUUUUUAGCUGGGGUUAAUGAAUGGUGAUAGCCAGGGGUCGAAUUGUUAAAAGUUAACAAGGGAUAGGAGCUAGCGGGGUCCGGCGGCAUGCUUGUUUCUAGCCUAUAGCAUCACUGAGUAAAACAUAGUUAUAGAUCGGUUAUUAUAAACUGGGUGGUUCGAUCCCUGAAUGCUGAUUGGCUGAAAGUCGUGGUAUAUCAGACCAUAUACCACGGGUAUGACAACUUUUAUUUUUACUCUUCUAAUUAUGUUGGUAACUCGUUUAUAAUAGCAAUAAUGCACCUCGGGGGGGUUUGUGGUAUAUGGCCAAUAUACCACGGCUAAGGGCUGUAUCCAGGCACUCUGCAUUGCGUCGUGCUUAAGAACAGCCCCUAGCCAUGGUAUAUUGGCCAUAUACCACACACACUCCCUCGGGCCUGAUUUUUCCCCUUCAAAUUUGUAAGCUAACAAGGGGUGUGCUUUUUGCCAUUUUUUUCUAACAAAUUCAAGCACUAAUGAUAGCUCGGCAAAAUUGUGUAAAGGCCUCAACGUUAUGUGCAGGUUGGAUUAAAGGGACAAUCUGGAAUUCAAACAACAACAAAGCUUUUUUGCUGUUUUUCCUUGUUCUAGCUUGUUUACAUGAUUUUGGCGUGUCUGUCCCGCAGAGUCCUACAGUGAAGUCUAAGACGAUGCCUCCCGGCAGGACCAUCCCUCCAAUGGGACCAGAGACCAAAGUACUGGUGGUCUGGGUGGAGCGCUACGAUGAUAUUGGUAGGCUAACCUGCUGCGUCAUGCUGAAACUGACCUCUAUUGGCAGCCAUUUUGGUUCUUUAUAAAUUAAUUGGAUCCAGUUGAUGAGUCUAUUCUAUAUAACUAUUAAUUUUGAUAUUUUAUUAAUAAGUCUUUUAUAAAUGAAUGUCCUCAUAUUUCUGUAAUUACUGACUUAAGUUCACCUUAAAACUUUUUGGAUGCACAAAAUCUAUUAACUGCAAUGUAUGUUGAAUUCUUGUGUUGUAGAGAACUUUCCCCUGGCCGACCUGCUGGGCGAGACGAGCACUGGAGUGGAAACCACGGCUAACAGUAGCGCCUCAACAAGGUACUAAAGGCUCUCAUCCAUCACUACUCAACACAGAGACUGUGUCUGAAAUGUUUUCUAGCUGUGAAGUCCUUGCUUCCUCCUCCCUCUAUUCCUCGCCUCUCUCUCAAAGCUCAUUGGAAGAGGAGGCCAAGGGAGGGACCAUUGGAUCGUCAAGGAUUUGACAGCUAGAAACUAGAGGAUUCAUAGCUGUAUUCACUAUUCCUAUUAUUUUAUAUCCAUUAUACUUAGAGUUAAGUCAGAUGAUGGAGAAUUGGACUGAGAAAGUAGUUUCUACAACGAUUAUGGAGCACUGCAGAUUUGAGGGCUUCUCAAUCAAUCAGUCAAACAAAAUGUCCUUUUACUUAUUCAUUUUCACAGUGUUCAUUAAUUUUUUUAGCAAGCGAGGGUGACUAUGAUAAGGACAAAACCCUAGAAAGAAAUGUAUCCUCUUCUGACAUUCUAGGUAGAAGCUCCAAGUAUAUACCACCACCAAGACCAGACAGUUGUCCUUUACAGCAAAGUCUUAUACAAAUGGCAUGUAUUAUUAAGUUAGUGCAAGGCGUAUUGAUGUGGGCUCAGCAUGGUGGCGGGGGACCAACGGGGUCAGACGAGUACUAGUGUUCAUGUAGCACAGACAGCGCAGUGUAGGUCACGGGACACAGGGGGCUGGGGAUCUUGCCAGGGCAGCAUAUAAAACAGGAGACAAGUGCAAGGGGUCGAACUAGAGGCAGUACAGAACCAAAACCUAGCUAAUAUGGUGCAUGGUGGCUGACCUCAGAAGGCAGGAUGGUAAGAGGUGCUCAUAGCACCUCUGCAGCGGGGACAGUGUCUCAUAUCUGCUCUGUUCCACCUUUCUUCUCUCCCUCGUCUUCCUCCUCUGCCUCUCUCUCCCUCUUUCUCAAAUCAAAUCAAUGUGAUUUGUCACAUGCUCCGAAUACAACAGGUGUAGACUUUACCGUGAUUUUCUUACUUACAAGCACUUUCCCAACAUUUCAGAGUUCAAAAGUAAGAAAGAAUAGCAGAAAGGUGAAUAGUAACACAAUAAAAUAACAAUAACAAGACUAUAUACAAGGAGUACUGGUACCGAGUCAAGGUGAAGGGGUACGAGGUAAUUGAGGUAAUAUAUGUACAUGAAGGUUGGUGUAAAAGUGACCAGGCAAUCAGGAUAGAAAGUAAACAGAGUAGCAGCAGCGUGAAGAGUGUGAAAGUGUGUGUGUGUGGCAUCAAUAUGCAUGUGUGUGUUUUGUGUGUGUGUGUUUGUGUGUAUUGGAGUGUCAGUGUAAUAUAUGUGGGUAGAGUCCAGUGAGUGUGCAAGAGAGGCAAAUUAAUUCCUCCCUUUCUCUCUAUGCCUGUCCAACCCUCUUCCUCCUCCUCCCCCUCCACCCCCCCUUCCUUAGACCCACAACGUCCGGUCAGGAUGUGCAGGUGAUCUUCAUCCACCCUCUGAGGACGGGCCUGUUCCGGAUCCGGCUGCACGGGGCCCAGGGCAAGUUUAGCAUGGUCGUCCCCCUGGUGGACGGCAUGGUGGUCAGCAGGAGGUCACUAGGUGAGAGGUUGGGGGUGAGGAGGUGUGUGGGGAAGGGGUGUGUGUGAAGGUAUGGGUAGAGGGGGGAGGGGUGAAAGGUGUGUGUGUGUGUAAGCUAUCACAAUGACUCGUGACGAGUACAACUGUGUGUGUGUGUGUGUGUGUGAGCAAACUGCCAGUGUCUGCAAGAGAUGCUGCAUUCUUCAACAGUCAUGUGUCUGACACAGUAUCACUGUUGAGGAAUAUAAAUGAGUUAUGCCAGAGAGAGAAAGAGACAGAGAGAGAGAUUGUUACCAGGCGGUGAUCUUAGAGACCCCCGCUUCUCGUCUUCACACAUGCCAAAUGUGUGAGUGAGUCAUCCCAGAUGCAGAUACCUGGCUCCACCACGUCUCUCUCCUCGUCAGUGCUGAGCCAUCCGUCGCCUCUUUCCCUCUCUUCUAUUCUCUCUUUUCUCUCGCUCUGAGUUCCUGGUGAGGCAGACUGUAAUAAUAUAUGCAGUUCAGCAGACGCUUUUAUCCAAAGCGGCUUAGUCAUGUGUGUGCAUACGUAUGGGUGGUCCCGGGAAACCAACCCACUGUCCUGCUCUGCAAGCGUCAACAUAUCAACUGUGUGUCUCUGGCUCUCCUCGUUCUCUCUCUUUUCUCCCCCUCUCGCUUCUUUCUCUCCAUCACCCGCUUCCCCCUCUCCCUCCCUCUACCCUCUCCACCUCUUUCUCUCCACCCCCCCACUCUCUCCCUCCCCCUCCUCUUCCCCCUCACUCUCUCCCUCCCCCCUCUGUCUCAGGGUUCCUGGUAAGGCAGACGGUGAUCAACGCGUGCCGGCGCAAGCGGCUGGAGAGCGACUCGUACAACCCGCCGCACGUGCGUCGGAAACAGAAGAUCGCUGAGGUGGUGAACCGCUACCGCAACAAGCAGCUGGAGCCCGAGUUCUACACCGCACUCUUCCAGGAGGUCGGCGAGAGCAGCCUCAACCGUGACCCCACCACCGGUGAACUUUGAACUUUCACCUCCCUUCCCUACACAGGGAGAGACUGUCACAAGGGACUGCAAAGAUUCUAUAUAUUUAUACAACUUUUCUCUUCUUCUUUACUUUGUUAUUUAUAUUAUCAGCACUUGGUGGCCACGUUCCAAGUCGACUAGAGGUCGACAAUUUUAAUUUUUUCUAUGUUGAGUCACCGCAGCCACCAUCUUUGUUUUUUC